AUGGCGCACCAGCCCUCAGCUAGCGCCUUGCGCAAAGUUGCAGGUCGGUCGAUCGAUCCGCCCGGCUCGGUGCACUCCUUGCGGAGUGGGGCCGGCAGGGAUGCGUGCACGCGCGUCUGCAUGUCUGCAUGCACGGGAUGCAUACGAAGGGCGCUGGAGGCGCAGCAAUUUUUGCAAGCCUCCCAGUGCAGCGUGGGCGUCUUUGGGGUGGGAAGGGUGCAUGUUGUUUUUCUGUCCCUUUAUCCAAAGGAUUUGGUAGCCGCCGAAGUCGUGACGAUGGCGGUGGGGAAGGGAAGGGGUGAGCAGCCUCUACUUCAAAAGAAGCGCUUCUUUGAGGGGCUUCUCUUGCUUGACAGCCAAGCAGCCUCAUCUGUCUCAAAGCGGGUUUAGGGCAAGUCUGUUAAAAUAAAUGUAAAGCGAGCAUAAUGGGGGAAAAAGCAAGAUCUGGAGGCUCGGUGCUCCCUCCCUCUCUUUCCAGACUCUCCUGUCUGCGAGUUUUGUCAAGAGUCAAAUAGGGCAGCCAUUUAAGAACACAAGAGCCUUCUGGGAUCAGGCCACUGGCACAUCUAGUCCAGCAUACAGUUCUCGUAGUAGCCAAGUGGAUGCCCCAGUCGGAAGCCUGAAAGCUUUGUACAUCACCACAUCUAUUUUAAAAAAUAAUAAUUUCCACAUGCACAAUUUGAAAUAAUUUUUUAAAAUAGAAUACAUUUCACAAUAGCAAGAAAAAUUCCAACCAGGUGAGCUGUGUGCCUGCACAGUCUGUUGCACAGGUGCUCAAUGUGGAUAGCUUUGAGGCCUCUCUUCCUCUAGGUGUGUGUUUUAAGCUAUAUGAAAACAGCUGCUUAUUGUUGGAUAGUUAACUUUUUUUAUUAAGGGACCACAAUUUUACCUCCGCAGGAGAAUACAAUAGUACCCUCCCCAGCAGUCAUUCCAGAAAACAGCAUAACAAGAUGCAAAAGCAGCAAAUACGUAUCUAUUUAUUCAUUAAAAUUCAUAUACUGCUUGGUUGUAAAACAAACAAACCUCAAAGUGGUUUCCAAAAAGAAUAAAAUAAUGAAAUUAUCAGUGAAAGCACUUGAUAACUAUUUAAAACCUUAUUAUUAUUAUUAUUAUUAAAAUCAAUGACAAGCUGAGAACCAGAUUAAAACAUGCCAAUGUUCUACAUGCCUGAGCGGGCUUACCUAAACAAAAUAUUUUAAGCAGGUGCCAAAAAGAGUCCAGUGAUGUCAAUACAUAGUGAGUUCAAAAGUAUGGGUGAUGCCAUACUAAAAGAUUUAUUCAAUCAAUCAAUCAAUCAGUCAUUUACUGUGUUUGACUAAAAGUCAUUACAAAUUCAAUUACAAAUCCAGCAAGUCAAUUAAAACCUGUUAAAAGAAUCCAGAGAUAUACAUCCACUUACAAUAAGUCAAAUUAAUUAAUUGCCUGCACAGUCUACAGCAUUGUCUUUUAUAUAGUUAGCAUGAAUGUUUUUAGCUUUUGCAAAUAAGGCUGUUUUAUAUGUGACAAGCGGAUCACAGUCAGAGAAUAGCUAACAUAUUUUCUCUUCAGGGUUCUGUCCCUGUAGCAGUGCCAGCAUCUGCUCCAAAAAAUGUCUUUCUGAGGUUUUGAUAGAGUUGACAAUGGAGUAUAUAAUGGGGGAGAUCUGCCUCACCUACCCCACAAAUACAAAGUCUUAAGUGCCUUGGAACAUUUCUGUAUCUUCCAUCUAAGACUGACGUAGGCAUUGUUUGAAAACGGAGAGCUGUAAAUGCAGUUUUCAGGGAGGCAAAGGUAAGUGACUGCAAAUAUUGAGCUCUGGUGUGGUGAGAUUUCAGCAAAUAGUACCAAUGGGAGAAUUUUGAGAUAUGGAUUAGAGAUAAAUCUUGCCCGUUAGCCUGUUCAUAAACCCAAUCCCCAAGCAGUCUUUUCACUCCAGGGAAUAUAAAAUCUGUUGUCAGGUUUUUUUGAGGCUGGCAGGUCUUGUACUAACUUGGCCCAACCACCCUUCUUCCAUUGUUCCUCCAGGCAGAGUCUAGGCAAACGGUCCUCUGGCAUAUCCAGCCAAAAAGCAGUCAUCUCUGCCCUAGCCUUUAGACUUUUCCUCAGCAUUUGAUACAAUUGACAGAUUGAUUUAUUGCAAUUUCUUAAGCACACCUGACAUUUGUCUUUAGGGCUUCAUCCAAACCUGGGCUUUAGUUCUCAACCCUGAUUUCAGCAAGUGUCCAUUAAUGCAUUAACCAGUGUUGAUGAGCAUGCACAGAGUGAUUUGCCUCUCCGACAGAAUUACUCUGAACAACUUUCCCAAAUCUAGGUCAGAAGGGAACAACACUUUCUGGAUUAGAAACUCUGAACUGCAUCUCUCUUUCCCUCUCUAAGGGUCCAUCGCUAUGGAGCCUGUGAGCAUCGAUAACUUGUCCAUUCUGUACCAAAGUGCGGACUUCAUUGUGGUUAACAAACACUGGGAUGUCCGCAUUGACAGCAAAAUGUGGUAUGAAAAGCUCACCCUGCAGAGCCAGUUGAAAUAUCGGUUCCCUGAGCUUGCAGACCCAGACACAUACUACGGCUUCCGGUAAGUAGUUUGUAAGAAGGCUCUCUGUUUACUUAAUGUGUGGGAUAACAGUACAGUGGUGCCUCGCAAGACGAAAUUAAUCCGUUCCGCGAGUCUCUUCGUCUUGCGGUUUUUUCGUCUUGCGAAGCACGGCUAUUAGCGGCUUAGCGGCUAUUAGCGGCUUAGCGGCUAUUAGCAGCUUAGCGGCUAUUAACGGCUUAGCGGCUUUAAGAAAAAGGAAACGAACUCGCAAGAACUCGCAAGACGUUUCGUCUUGCGAAGCAAGCCCAUAGGGAAAUUCGUCUUGCGGAACGACUCAAAAAACCCAAAACCCUUUCGUCUAGCGAGUUUUUCGUCUUGCGAGGCAUUCGUCUUGCGGGGCACCACUGUAUGAAAUAGUUUUAUUCAAACAAUUUAUGAACUUGGUUGUUAGCAGCUGCCAGGUUAUGUAGCACAGAAAUGGGAAGCUUUACAAGCACUGACUCCUGCAUUAUGGUAAAAAAAUGUAUGGACUCUUGCAAUUGCUGAAACCCAUAAAUGUAUAGACCCAUAAACUACAGGCAGCGACCUCUUAGCACCCAGGCACAGACCUCCUCUGUAAAAUGGGUAUUAUAUGGCUAGUGUGAUGGCGACAGUAAUGUGAGCUGGAAAUUUUCUAGAGCAAUAAAUGGAUGCUGAUUGCAAAAAACUGUACUAGGUAAGCCUGUCAGUUUUCAGUGUUUUUUGCUUUGCUUACUAAAUGCAAUUAAAAGAAACUUGUUACAUUAGAUUGCUCUCCAGAGCAAUGCAAACUGGCGACUCCCAGAUUCAAAUCAUUCUAUGCAAGCCUAAUUUCAAUUCUAAAUUUUGUGGAAAACCCAAGGUGACAAGUGCAAAGUGCGUUUUAGUAUAAAUGAGGAAGGUGUUUGUUUGUUUUUUGAAGUGAUUUGAGGGCAAGGCCAGAUUUUCCAAAGUUCACAGAACCUUUGUUUGUAAUUGUUUUACUUCUGCUACAUAUUUUGAAAAGUUGUUUGUUUGUUCACUGUGAUUUAUAUGCCUCUUAAGACAUUGUAACCAAAUCAGUGAGGUCAAGGAUAAUCUUUCCAUUUGUACUUGGAUACUGUUGGAAGCCAUUUUGAAUCAAGAUGGCAUACUGAACCUUUCAGGCUGUUUAUAACAGACAAAUCUUAUGAUCUUCCAGGUUUUGCCACCAGCUGGAUUUCUCCACCAGUGGGGCCCUUUGCGUGGCGCUCAACAAGGCAGCCGCUGGAAGUGCCUACAAAUGCUUCAAGGAACGGAUGGUGACCAAGGCCUACCUUGCGCUGGUGAGCCACCAUGUUUGUCAAGUUCCCUUCUAGCUAUCAAUCAGAUGAAAGGCUGUGUCCCAUUCUGGAUGCUGCACUUUAUUUUUUUUUUAUUUUUAAAUGAUAUUUAUUAAAAUUUCAAAGAAAAAAUUACAUAUAUAUAAAAAAAAAGAAAAAGAAAAAGAAAUAAAAAAGAAAAAAAUACAAAAUACAAAAUACAGAAAAAAGAUAGAAAACACUUAAAAAAACAAAAACACAUCAAUCUUUCCAUAACUUACAUUUCAUUUCCUUACUUCCCUGACUUCCUCACACCUCCCUUUUUUGUAUUCCAGUUCUAUUAGUUAAUUCAGCAAGUCCUUUCCCUCUUUGUUUUUGUCUUAAUCCUUUAACUUAACAUAUUAUAACUUUAGAUUCUCAUCUGUUAACAAUCCAUUUGUACAUACACCUUUAUAACAUUGCUGCUAAGACCACUUAAUUUCAUUCUGACAUCAUUCUAACAUUCAUUAAUUUUGCAAUAUUUCUGUAAAUAGUCUUUAAAUUUCUUCCAAUCUUCUUCCACCGACUCUUCUCCCUGGUCUCGGAUUCUGCCAGUCAUUUCCGCCAGUUCCAUAUAGUCCAUCACCUUCAUCUGCCAUUCUUCCAGAGUGGGUAAAUCUUGUGUCUUCCAAUACUUUGCAAUAAGUAUUCUUGCUGCUGUUGUGGCAUACAUAAAGAAAGUUCUGUCCUUCUUUGGCACCAAUUAGCCGACCAUGCCCAGGAGAAAGGCCUCUGGUUUCUUCAGGAAGGUAUAUUUAUAUACCUUUUUCAUUUCAUUAUAGAUCAUCUCCCAGAAAGCCUUAAUCCUUGGGCAUGUCCACCAAAGGUGAAAGAAUGUACCUUCAGUCUCUUUACAUUUCCAACAUUUAUUAUCGGGCAAGUGAUAGAUUUUUGCAAGCUUGACUGGUGUCAUGUACCACCUGUAUAUCAUUUUCAUAAUAUUCUCUCUUAAGGCAUUACAUGCCGUAAACUUCAUACCUGUGGUCCAUAACUGUUCCCAGUCAGCCAUCAUUAUGUUAUGUCCAACAUCUUGUGCCCACUUAAUCAUAGCAGAUUUAACCGUUUCAUCCUGAGUAUUCCAUUUCAACAGCAAGUUAUACAUCUUUGACAAAAUCUUAGUUUUGGGUUCUACCAGUUCUGUUUCUAAUUUUGAUUUUUCCACCUGGAAGCCUAUUUUCUUAUCCAAAUUGUAUGCCUCCAUUAUCUGAUAAUAAUGAAGCCAAUCUCGCACUUUGUUUUUUAGUUUCUCAAAGCUCUGCAAUUUCAGUCUAUCUCCCUCUUGUUCCAGAAUUUCCCAAUAUUUCGGCCAUUUGGCCUCCAUAUUGAGCUUUUUCAGAGCUUUCGCUUCCAUCGGUGACAUGGAUGCUGCACUUUAUGAAUGGUGAAGGCCAGGGCUGGCUGACUCUGUGGCCCCCUGUCGAUAUUGCUGCUCUGCAAAUUCAGAAGUGCAAGGUCCCUUCAUGAUGGUCAUACCCUUCUAUGAUUAUGCAGUAAUCUUAGAAAAAUACAAUAAAAGUUAACCUAGCCUUCCAGCUAGGUUACUAUUUUCUGUGCACAUAUAGAGGCAAAUGAUUUGGAGUGCUCCAAUACAGUCUUCCAGAGUGACUGAAGUUGUGUCUUCCUUGAAGUUCCAUUGUAUGUAACAUCAUUCUCUUGAAUAACAAUAAUAAUUUAUUAUUUAUACCCCGCCCAUCUGACUGGGUUUCCUCAGCCACUCUAGGUGGCUCCCAACAGAAUAUUAAAAACACGAUAAAACAUCAGACAUUAAAAACUUCCCUCAACAGGGCUGCCUUCAGAUGUCUUCUAAAUGUCAAGUAGUUGUUUUUCUCUUUGACAUCUGGUGGGAGGGCGUUCCACAGGGCGGGCGCCACUACCAAGAAGGUCCUCUGCCUGGUUCCCUGUAGCUUUGCUUCUUGCAGUGAGGGAAUCUCCAGAAGGCCCUCGGAGCUGGACCUCAGUGCCCGGGCAGAAUGAUGGGGGUGGAGACGCUCCUUCAGGUAUACUGGGACGAGGCCGUUUAGGGCUUUUAAGCUCAGCACCAACACUUUGAAUUGUGCUCAGAAACGUGCUGGGAGCCAGUGUAGCUCUUUCAGGACUGGUGUAAUAUGGUCUCGGAGCACCUUGUGCUUUCAGUAUUCCUAAAUGCUUAGCUUUGGAGCAUACUGAACAACUCUUCCUGCGCACCUUCUCCAGAGUUACCCUAGGGGUCAACCCCUAAUGGCUGACUUGCCUUCUUUCACUCUGAUUGGCUCUGGUCAGCACAAAGCAUGAGAAGACUUCUUAGCAGCUAAAAAAACUCCCCUUUCUUGCUGGUUGGGGCUCUAGGAUAAUGGAGACAGGGAAUCUGCUGUUCCAAAGUAUGGGUGCUGCUACACUAAAAGAUGAUCUACUGGAUCUGCUAUGAUUCACCCAUCUUCCCACAAAACACAAGGUCACGUUUAUGUGCCCAAUCCACACUUUCCUACAGGCGGUGAAAAAUAUAUUCAAUGAGCACUUUUAACAUUUAUAUUCCCCCCCCCCCAGCCACGAAAAUGGCUUGUGUUUCAGGCCACCACUGUUGAAACAGACCCGGAAAGCCAGUAGGGCGUCAGACGUCAGCUGGCGUUCAUAAUUUUAUCUUGAUCCCUUUUGGGUGUCCCACUGACACGCGAGGCAAGGCGAGCCGGCCAUCUGUAGGAUGGGUGCCUAGUGACCGGCCGCCUGUGACUUAAACAUUAGUUCUUUGAAAGGGAAAGAUUAAAAAAGGCAUUAAGUAGAAGUGAGUAGCAGAUUGGCAGGAAAUGAGGUUGGUUUUGCAACUGGUCGCAGCUAGGAAGAGAGAAUCCUUGCAUGUCAAAGAGGACAAAGAGGACUCAGGGUGUGUGUGUGUGUGUGUGUGUGUGUGUGUGUGUGUGUAUGUAUAUGUAUGUAUGUAUGUAUGUAUGUGUGUAUGUGUGUAUGUGUGUUUAUAUAUAUAUAUGUGUGUGUGUGUGUGUGUGUGUGUGUGUGUGUGUGUGUAUGCCAGUUUUGAGGCUGUUCGUCACCUAGGUAAUUUUGUAUUUGUGGGUUGAGUACCCAGCAUCUUUCAGAGGUGCAUUACCACUUCCCUAAAGAAAAUGAUACAGUCCGUGAUGCUUUUUCCUUUUCCUAUCCUCGGAUCUUAUUCCCCACUGCUGAUCUAAAGCUUUCUAUUCCCUGCCUCUCCCUGUCCCAAGAAACUUCCUGGGAUUUUCGUUAGCUGGAAUAACGAUAAUAUAAUACAUUAUUAUUAACAGCAUUUAUACAAUGUAUAAUACAGUGGUACCUUGGGUUACAUACACUUCAGGUUACAUAUGCUUCAGGAUCACAGACUCCGCUAACCCAGAAAUAGUGCUUCAGGUUAAGAACUUUGCUUCAGGAUGAGAACAGAAAUCGUGCUCCGGCAGCGCAGCGGCAGCAGGAGGCCCCAUUAGCUAAAGUGGUACCUCAGGUUAAGAACAGUUUCAGGUUAAGAACGGACCUCCGGAACGAAUUAAUUACUUAACCCGAGGUACCACUGUAUAGGUUUUUUGUGACCCUUAACAACUACCCUGUAAGGUAGGAAGGAAUUAUUAUCUCCAUAUUGCAUAAAAGGGUGCAGUGAGAUUGAGAUGUCUUAGGCCAUGAAGUGAGUUCACUGCAUUACAUUUCCUCUCACCAUCGGCUCUCACCGUUAUGCCAUGCCCGCCUCUGGCUAUGUUAAACAUCUGACGUGGAUGCAUGAUGUAGCCACAGGAUGAAAAAGCCACAAUGCAGAGCAUGUGGAAGCACAUUGUGUGUGUUUUUCCUACCCCUGUGACAUAUUUGACCUCCCCUUCUUACUCCCCCACAUGAGAUAACCUGUGACUCAUACCUGGGAUUCCCAGCGGAAUUCUGCACACCUGAAAUUAGGACAGGCCUGUACGCAUGCUAUACAUGUAAAGCACAUGGCUUCCCCUCAAAGAAUCCUGAGAGCUGUAGUUUACUCCGCACAGAGCCACAAUUCUGAGCACCGCCAGCAAAUUACAGUUCACAAGAUUCUUUGGGUCGGGGGGUGGGGGAGAAAGCUAGGUGCCUUCCAUGUGUGUUUAAAUGUGGUUUUAAGUGUAUGAUGUGGAUGUCACCAAAGCUUGCAGUGGCUUUUUGUUAAACGGCCUUCCUGGAUGGUGAGAGACAAAAAGGGUGGCGCAAAGACUCUGCAGAUGCUGAAUCCGUUCAGGAAGCAGAGCUAAUCUGCCGCAGAUGAAAUCCUCCCGGGCCAAGCGGAUUAUGUGUCUCUCAGCUUCUGUGGAUGGGAAGAGCUUAACGCAGCCUGGUCACGGGGAAACCAUGCUGAUCCGCGCAGUCUGGAAUGAAACAAAGCUUAUUUUCUGAGGACAUGGAUCUUCAAAGGAAAAAGAUGUGCCUUCCCCUGGCAGUGUUACAUCUCCCCCAAAGCCAAGAGUCUGUUGCCCUCUUGGCUUUGGGAUUGAAGAGCUGGGCAAGUCUGUCAGUUUUGGCUUCUCUGCAUUUCUCACUUUUGUAGUCUCAUGCUCCAUUUGCCCCAUUUCUGCAUCAGUUUGCAAACUUAAUUUUAAACAAGUCAUCCUGAAAACCUUACAUGUAUCAAUCAUCACAGUGUGAUUUUUUUUAUCUUCCAGUAAAACACAUAUUUGCAAGCAAAUUUAUUUUAAUGUACUAUAUUUUUUGCUCUAUAAGACGCACCAGACCAUAAGACGCACCUAGUUUUUGGAGGAGGAAAACAAGAAAAAAAUAUUCUGAAACUCAGAAGCCAGAACAGCAAGAGGGAUCGCUGCGUUUUGGCUUCUUGCUGUUCUGGCUUCUGUGAUAGCUGCGCAGCCUGUAUUUGCUCCAUAAGAUGCACACACAUUUCCCCUUACUUUUUGGGAGGGAAAAAGUGAGUCUUAUAGAGCAAAAAAUACGGUACAUGUUUUUGUGCACACAAUUCCCUGAUAGCCUUCCCCCCCCCUUGGCUUGAAGAACUGCAUUACAGAAUUUGCAAAAGUGCAAAUUCCAAAAGGCAGCUGCAUGUUCAUGUUCAUGCCUGGGAAUUACAAAUUGAUUCACAUUGAAAUGCAUAUUAGACAAAUUUCUCCCCCAUCUCUGUAUGGACUACCAACAGGGGUGCCCAAAAGCUCAACAACUCUGAACUCCCCCCCAAAUGGGUAGAUCACUUCCAGUCCCCACCCCGGGAGUAGAUCGCAGUCUCUUGGGAGUUGGUUGUCCCUAGACUACAACUCCCAACAGGGCUGCUAGGAGUUGUACUCCAAAACAUCUGGGAGGCACCAGGUUGAGGAAGACAGGUUUAGAGGAACUUACUUCCAGUAAGUGUCUGAAGUGAGGAUGAGGGUGGGGUGAACUUGUGGCCCUCCAGAUGUUCUUGGACUCCCAACUCCCAACAGCCCCAGCAGCUAGCAUAGCCAGUGGCGAGGGAUGAUGACAUGCUUUGUAGUCCAGCGACACCUGAAGGGCCCUAGGUUCCCCAACCCUGAUUUAAAGUAAGGGAAGUUAAGAUGUCCCUGUACAGCAAUUCUGCAGGUAUAUGGCUUUGCAAGUGAUAUUGACCUGUUCCCAUUGUACAGUUGGGAAACUGAGGCUGGUGUUUUCUUCAUGUUAAGACUCAGGGUGUUGUGACAAAAUGCAUCCUCUGCUUGGCAGGUGAGGGGCCACAUCCAAGAGGCGAGGAUGACGAUCCACUACGCCAUCGGGAAGAACACGACAGAAGGCUUGACACACAUGAUGUGCAUUGAAGGGACGGAGGGUAGGGCUGUCACCACCCUUUCAUGCCCCCUUUGUCAUUUUCAUUGUAGCACUGAGGCAUUGCAUCGUCAGAAAACUUUGAGCUUUGCAGAUGUUUUGAAAAUUGACUUUGCUUUUAACACGUUGAUUCCAACAUUUCUAACAGGUUGUGAAAACCCCAAACCUUGCCAGUCAGAGCUAACAGUGCUUGAACAUGGCCUUUACAGUGGCGAUCCAGCGACGAAAGUUCUUCUGCAGCCCCUCACAGGUAAAAGGACUCCAGCUCCUUCAUUGCAUGGCUCUGGAAUGGUCUUUCCCACAAUGCAAUGUGUGCUUCUGUUUCCAGGCUGUCAAGUCAGGCCAGUUCAGCAAGGCCAGUUCUCCACUCUUCUGUGCCUCAGAGAAGUUUACAGUGGUACCUCAGGUUAAGUACUUAAUUCGUUCCGGAGGUCCGUUCUUAACCUGAAACUGUUCUUAACCUGAAGCACCACUUUAGCUAACGGGGCCUCCUGCUGCCGCUGCGCCACCAGAGCACAAUUUCUGUUCUCAUCCUGAAGCAAAGUUCUUAACCUGAAGCACUAUUUCUGGGUUAGCGGAGUCUGUAACCUGAAGCGUAUGUAACCUGAAGCGUAUGUAACCUGAGGUACCACUGUAUUUACUUGUAUAUCUAAUUGAUUUUUAUUGAAGUUUUUUCAUACAAACAAGAAGUAUAUAAUAACAAAUGUGGCAUGCAUAACAAAUCUUGAAUGUGAACUUAGUCCUUGUACUGCUUGUUGACAUACAUAAAAAAUACACAAAAAUAGACAAGGUGCAGAAACAGCAGUCUGGAAGACCAAAGGAAGUAAUUUAUACAUUUUUAAGCUAAAGGCCAGAAGUGUUUCAGUAUAAUACAUGCUUCUGCACUUUUAGAAAAGAAAAUUCAAGGCAGAGUACAACUUAUUAGAACAAAAACAGCAGAAAAGCUUUGUUAAGACAUCAGUAAAUACCAAUUGGUUUUUAAAAAAGAGAGAAUUCAUGUUACACAGGCCUGUCUAAAACAGUAUUGUUUUCAGAAGCUGCUGCCAGUCUGUGCAGGGAAUACUGAGCAUGGACUGAUUGGUCUGACUCAGUAUAAGGCAGCUUCCUAAUGGAGAUGUGUGAAGGGUUUGUUGGUGAAACAUCAACACCAGAAUUGGAUGAAACAUUUCACGUGUCUCAUAGAAGCGACCUACGUCUCCUUGUCCUUGGAGGAGGGUGGGCUGAUAGCCGAAAGGGUCUCUGUCCUAAAAAAAUAAAUGGCAUUGUCCUUUCCGCCCCUCCUCAGGAAGAACCCACCAGCUUCGCGUCCACUGCAGCGCCAUCGGGCACCCGGUGGUGGGCGACUUCACGUACAGUUUCAAGAAGGACAGCGGCCCUUACCGCAUGAUGCUCCACGCCUACUACUUGCGCAUCCCGACCAGCAAGGAGCUUAUUGAGGUGAUUGCGCCCGACCCUUUUGUCCCCACCGUGGACAGCAACUGGGCCCCACAGCGUGCCACGCACCAGCUGGAGGAGCUGAUCCAAGAACUGAAGGACCAGAGCGUCCUGGCGGAGGAAGGCCGUCAGGGGAAUCUGCUUGGGAGCCCGAGCCCUGAGGCCCCGCAGGAAGCCAAGAGCCCUGAGGUGGAGGAGUUGGAGCAGGAGCAGCGAGGGAAAUGUGAGCAGUGGCUGGCCGAGUGGGCCCUGGAGUGAGAUGGCCCACGGAUGCCUCGUGGUCGGGAAACCCCAAAUCUUUGUACCUUGUCACUACCGCUGAUUCCUGCCAGAAGCUUUUCCAGGCCUGACUCCCAACACCUGUCGUCUUGUUCACUCCCAACAUUCCUCGGAAAUGCCUCUGUGAGGGUCGCGUUCCCAAACUGGAAUUUUGACUGUGUGCUUGAUCAGCUUUUUAAUCCUGUGCUCUCAAGCUGGCUCGUUUUAGUCGCCGGAUGUGGAAGAUCACGGACUGUGGUCAGACAGGCCAGGUUUGUGCUCUGAAAUUGACACUCUUAAGCCAUUGGAUUAACGCAAUUGGGGCACUGUCUCUCAGGGUGAUGUCAAGUCAUACUUAGAGUAGACCCAUUGAAAUCAGUAGCCUUAAAAUUGCUCAUCAGUAAUACUAAACAUUUUCUUUGUUACUAUAUAAGCCAUACUAGAGACUUUGAGAGACGAGCCACAUAGUUGGCUCUGAAUUUCCUAGCAGCCAGUGCAAAUAGAGAGGCACACAAGGUAACAGAAUUUGAUUGGUUGAUUGCGUCAGAUCCCACCUUUUUCUCCAAGGAGCUCAAAGUGACAUAUAUGUGCAUGGUCCUUUCCCAUCUCAUUUAAUCCCCGCAACAACCCUGUGAGGUAGGUUUGGCCGAGAGGCAGUGACUGGCCCAGUGUCACCCAGUGAGCUUUAUGGCUGAGUCAGCACUUGAACCCUGGUCUCCCAGGUUUUAGUCUGACACUUUAACCCAGGGUUUCCCCAACUUGGGUCUUCAGCUGUUUUUGGACUACAGCUUCCAUCAUUCCUAGCUAACAGGACCAGUGGUCGGGGUUGAUGGUAGUCAAGAAACAGCUGGAGACCCAAGUUUGGAAACUCUUCUCUAACCGCUUUGCCACGCUGGCCGAUUUUCCUUGUCCCACAGCGAAAAGCACAUAAACUCACUUGAUGUAAAAAAAGUAAUAACAUUGUGGCUAAACUCAGACAGGUAUUUUACAUGAGGCUAUUUGUCUAGAGCAGGGACCUCCAACUCCCAAGAGACUGCGAUCUACUCCCAGCACAAAAAAGUGGCAGGGAUCUAACCCAUUUUAGGGGUUCAGGUCAAAGUUGAGCAAAGUUGAGCUUUUUUUAGGAGUUCAGGUCAAAGUUGUUGAGCUUUUCUUAGGGGGCAAGGUCGGUGUUGUGGAGAUUAUUUGUGGGAGGGCACAAAGCAGAGGUUAUUAUUUUAAGACGUAAAUGCCGAAAAACGCUUACCUAACAAAAGCUGGGCGGUGCUAACUCCGAAUUCCACUUUAGCAAUCCUGCACGACUGAAAGAAACAGUGAGGGGGCAGCACCAGAUACAUUCAUUUUACAGCUACUCUUCUCAAGAAAACAGAAAUGAACUAGCAAUCGACCGCGAUCUACCGCUAUCACCUGGGGAUAGACCUGGACAUCCCUGGUCUAGAGGAUGCUGAGUAAUGUAGUGAACAGCGUCCUCUAUAACCAUUUUACACAAAAGACUCAGAAAUGCUGUUCCAUAGGUAGCUCCUUCUAGCAGCCUUACAAAGGUAAUAGCACUAAGUCUUAGCUUUGCAGAAGCAAUUCUAUGCGGAGCCAAAGUAACUCUCAGCCUAUUAUUAGUCUGGGUGCUGGAGGCAGUUCAGAUUUCCUUUCUAAAGGAAGCAUUGACCUGUUGGCAUCUCUGCUGUUUGCAGACAUGCUGUUCAGGCUAGAGUGCAAAUCCAGCCACCAAACGACCGUAACGGGAUGCUAAUGCUUCGCGUCUGGUUUCUGUCGCUCACCCUUCAAUUUCCCCAAACAAGUUACUGCUUUGUGUAUGACUGCUAGGGAACCUGGUAGUGAGAUGAUCACAACCCAGUCAUAGUGGCUGAUAGAUGUCAGUGGGUCUUCUCUGAGGGCGAUGCAUGCUGGACGUCGCCCUCAGCCUCUGCUGCCCUCAGGGGAAUCUGUGGGGAAAGUGUCAGAAAAAAGGGACCACUUGACCUGCUGAAACCCCACCCCCCCGCCUGCCUUCAGCCACAGAGAUUCACUCCCCUUUUCAUCUGUCUUUCAUUUUGGAUAAUAACCAAUGCAUGAGGAGGCUUGUCACAUAACUGUCUCUUGGACUCUGAAGCAAAAAAAUGGAUGAAAGAAACCAGGAAAAUCUCCUUUCCUUUUUUAGUGGGGUCCCCCAGCAGGGCACCCAUAGGUAUCUCAGAACCCUUAGAUAAUACUCUGCUCCCCAACACCUGUCAAGCAUUCUUGACCCUCUUAAUUUUUUUUAAAAAUGAGGACUUUGGGGGAAAUUACUUCCUUGAGGGUGCCUGUUUUUUCACCUGUGUUUUGUUUUUUUAGGGUGGGUGGGGAACACUGUUUAGAUGCUUUCCUUGUUGCUUUGAGAGAGAAGUCUGAGUACCAACAGUUUUUCUUCUGCAGAUUGGGUGCUUUGUGGUGCCCACACCUAUUCCUUAGAUUUCCAAAUGUGCCCCUAGGCCUGAAAAUUUGCAGAUCCCUUUCUGGUUAAGGUUUUCUCCCUCCCUCCCUCAGAGCUCUUUUCCUGACUGACCUUUGCCUUCACUUCCCAUAGAAAGCAAGCUUUUGGCAAUUUUAGAUCAGCCAUCUUGCUUUUUUUUCAUGUUAAUUGGAUGUCUGGAAGGCUAUAUAUGUGGGUUUCAGCUUUUAUCUGCCCUGCAGUAGCAGCUGAUGGUGGUGAUGAUAACAAUCCUUUUCUAGGGCAUUGUAACAAUUGCCCCACAGCAUAUUUGUGUGUGUGUGUCUUUUUAAAAAUCACCUUUGAGCUCAUUUUCCUAUGCAGGUUUUAGGAUGACUUUACAUCAGGGGUUUCGGUGCCCUUGUUCUUUUUAUUGUGCCCAUGAAGCUUCUGAGCCCCAGUGCCCCAUUUGCCAUGAAAACACAUUGAGCAGAAAAAAGGAAGUUGGAAUAGUGACACUCUUUCCCACUUCCUCCUUCAGCUCUAUGUGCUUGACAGUUCCACUGGACCUGACUUUUACCAGAUCCUUUGAGGAAAAACAAUGUUUGUCCCUGUGCACAUCCUCUCUUUCUGUCUUUGGAGAGGGGAGCUGAUCUGGGUUCAGAAGGGGAAGAGAAGUGAUCAGAGAGUGUCCACAACACUUACUGAAAAGUCCCUAUGUGCUAAUUGGUUUCUUUAAAGAUGGUGACCCCUGCCUUAAAUUGACACACUCUCUUGUGCAUAGACACACACGCACACUGCCUUCCUUCCCCAUGUCAGAUCUAGCUGGCGAAGCUAACUUUGUGCUCUUUGAAUCCUGAUUUGUGCCUGGAGACCCAUGCAGUCAAGAGGCAUGCAUUUUCUCAUUGUGGCACAGAAAGGGUAGUGUCCUUUCCCUCAUCCAUCUUUAUUUUGAAACAAAGGGAGCAUCUGAUCUUCACAGCUAGGGUUGAAAACGUGCCUUACGAGGGAUUCCAGGGAACUGCAAGUCCUACACUGCAUGCAGAUCCUGUCUCUUUAUUCCUGCAUGUGUCCUUCCAGCCUUCACAAUAGAGACCUUGUUUUUCUUGUGAAAUCCCAUUUCCUUGUGAAACCUCUUAAAGCCUUGCCAAAUUUUCCCAAAAAGGAUGCUGCAUCCAAGUGUAGAUUGUGCUGUUGAUAUUUGUGCACAUUAUGUUAUGCAAGUAGAAUUUAAACUGAUCACAGGAGGUGGGGUUUUUUUUUGGCAGUGCUGUGCAUAUAUAGAAUAUUGCUCAUAAUGCCCACUAACUUACCGUUUGGAUUUGGGAGGGAGGGACAUGGAACAGUUCUCACCACUAGAGGGCACUAUUCAUAUUGUAAAGAUAGUCCUGGUUCUCUGACUGCCAUCCUUUGACAGAGAUGAUCAUAUGGAAAUGAUUAAUCUCCCCCAUUUAUUUUGCAGAAGACCCUUUAACACACUCUUAGAAGAAGGAGAGCAGUGGGGAAAGAGAAAAAGGAAGAUUUAAAGAGUUUUUACAAAAAUAUGAGCUUAAAUUGUUAGUAAAACAUGGUUGAUAAAAAACAGUUAGCAUUUACAUUUGCAUUGUAAAUUAAAUCAAGGCACAAACUUCAGCAGCUCGAGGGUUUUUUGCAAGAUGACCAAUUUUUAUUUAUUUUCCAAAUAUGCAGAAAUAACCUUCCAUGAGCUGCCUGCACUAAAUAUUUAUACUGUAUCACAGUCUUAAGCAUCCAUGCUUCAUUAUGUUUCUGAUGCAAUAGCAUGCCCUUGUGGCAAUAAAGAUGGGCUUGUCCGUAAUUGCAAGUGAUUACUGGAUCUCCCAGAGGAUGGGGCAGAAAUCUUCCAAAGUUAUUCUCAGGGCACACAAACUCUGGGUUGUUUAUUGCUGUGUCCACCCUGUUUCUUUAUAGAAAUUUCCAUGGAAGUUGUUCUUAUUUUUCAAAUGUCUGUUUUGUAGCAAGUUGUAUUUAAGCACAUUGGGGAGAGGCCUUGAUUACGCUGAUAUGCAACAAUUAUCACUUUGCAGGGCUGACCAUAUCAUUAGGCAGAGCAAGGCAGACUGCGUCCUGGCCUGGCCUGCAUCUCUUACAGAGAUUUUCACAAGAAACAAGUAUUUUUCUUCAGACAGGAUAGGUGAACCUCUAAGAAGAACAACUCACCCCUUGAGCGAAAGACCAAAGCAAAAGUAAAACCCCAAAGAUGGGCAAGAUGGGCCAUUUCUCUCCAGGGAGUGUCACCACCUAGCUAUGGGGUGAGCUCCUGUUGCUCUGUCCCAGCUCCUGCCAACCUAGCAGUUCAAAAGCAUGCCAGUGCAAGUAGAUAAAUAGGUACCGCUGUGGCAGGAAGGUAAAUGGCGUUUCCGUGUGCUUUGGCACUCGUCACGGCGUCCAUUUGCGCAGAAGUGCUUUAGUCAUGCUGGCUACUUGACCCAGAAAACCGUCUGUGGACAAACGCCGGCUCCCUUGGCCUGAAAGCGAGAUGUGCGCAGCAACCCCAUAGUCACCUUUGACUGGACUUAACUGUCCAGGGAACCUUUACCUUUUUACCUCCCUUUACAUGGGAUAUUGCUUAUGGUCAAUGAAAGCCCAACCAGGGAUUGAUACUGGAGGAGUAGGGCCAGGAGGCUAACUUUGACACCCGAGAACACAAAAAAGCAGAAGCAAAACAAAUACAUAUUUCAUUUUAAAUGGACUUUCCUGCUGAGUGUGACCCUCAUUUUUAAAGGGAAAAGGGAGAGAAGUCUUCUCCCAAAGUGUUGAAUGCCACAAGUAAUUUAACAAAACAACAAAACAAGAUGCGCUAUUUUAUAUGCUUACAGGUAAACAGAUGGGUGAUUUCCUGCAAGAUCUUGCGAGAUCUCAUCAAAGUCUUGCAAGAUGUCUAGGAGAGCAAAAUGUCUCUUGAGAUUUGGCAGAGAUCUUGCAAGCUCUUUCAGGGACCAAUGCCAGCAGUGCGUCUCCACAAGCGGCGGAGGUGACACAGAUGAUGGUACAGCUACAGUGCCACUGACAGUGGUGGUGAGUGUCCCACUGGAGAUGGUGCUGUUGUGGUGUGGCAGAGCAGGGUGGCACUUCCUGUUUUGCCUCGAGUGGCAAAAUGGGACAUACCACCCCGACCUUGGGAUUCCAGAACUGACAGCUGUCAGUUCGGAGGGAAAGAAGGCAAGGACCCACAGCCCAAGUGAGGCUCGCUAGCUUAGGGAGGAGUUGUGUGAUUCCUCAGGCCUGCAUCCUGGCCAGGCCUAUAUAUAAAAACACUUCAUGGGAAAAGCAGCCUAACAUCAUCUCACCUGAAGCUCAGCUGGGAUGACAUUGGACCACGGGUGCCAUUUUGUGUGAGUUGCGUGCUUGAUUGGUGUGAGCCUGUUUUUCUAGGGUUGGCAAAUAUUAUAUCUCUGGAAGGCGAAACCAUUCCAUCUUUAAUGCCCCAUGGACCAAACUGCAAAAUAGCCUGACUUUUCCCAUAGCAUGUUCCAAAAUAGUUGGGCUAAUUUUUUGCUGUGCUUUUAUCCAUUGUUGCAAGGAGAACUAGAAAUGAAUAUAUAUUUUCCUUAACCUUUAUUUUGUUAAUUGUGAGAAAGAGAGAUCUAUUUUAGGAUAAAAUGUUCACAAUGGUCAGUGCACACUUUGAAUGGUGACAUGACAUCUGUUUCUGCUAUAUAUCAUCACCCCGGGCUUCUAAGUUGGCAUUGUUGUCUGUUUGCUAGCAACUUAAAGUCACCUAUUUGUAUAUAUAUAUUUGUGUGUGUGUAUUUUAAAAGUGAUGUGAUGUGGAACUUCAUGUACUCAUGACACUCUGUAAGAUUUCAAAAUACUACUUGUUAUUUAUUGUUUUGCAUUUGUGGACAUAACCGAAAUAAACCACACAGGAUAAACGUUAUCAGUGGCUUAUAAAUCUUACACAAAUGGGGGCACAGUGCCUUUUAGUGGCACACCUAAAUGUGCUGUCAUUAGAUCAGGGGUUCCCAAACUCUGACCAGUGGAUGAACUUCCUUCAUGUGGUCCGCACAUUUCUGUAAAAAAUCAUUUAAAAAUUAUAGCGCAGUGCAUUACAGUUGCUACAACAGGAAGAAUAACUACCAAGUGGUCCUUAGCAGUUUUCAAGUGGUCCAUAGGGGCAGGGAAUUUGGGAGCCACUGCACUAGAUUCUUCAGUGUCAGCCCUAAGGUCCUUUUCACUCUUGUCUUCAAACAUGCAGCAAUUAUUUCAUAGUGUGUUGGAAAGGUCUUGGUUUACGUUGUUAAAAGGCAGUUAGCGUUCUCAAUUAGCAUUUGUUGGAAGAUCCAGGGUGGGUAAAAGAAAGGACUUCUCCAUACAGUGCAUAGCUAAACUAUGGAAUGCUCUCCCACAGCAAGGCAGCGAUGGUCACCUACCUAGACUGCUUUAAAAGAGGAUUAAGCAAAUUCAUGGAAUGAGGGUGGCGCUGUGGGUUAAACCACAGAGCCUAGGACUUGCCGAUCAGAAGGUUGGCGGUUCGAAUCCCCGCGACGGGGUGAGCUCCCGUCACUUGGUCCCUGCUCCUGCCAACCCAGCAGUUCAAAAGCACAUCAGAGUGCAAGUAGAUAAAUAGGUACCGCUCCAGCGGGAAGAUAAACGGCGUUUCCGUGUGCUGCUCUGGUUCGCCAGAAGUGGCUUAGUCAUGCUGGCCACAUGACGUGGAAAAACUGUGGACAAACGUCGGCUACCUUGGCCAGUAAAGCGCGAUGAGCGCCGCAACUCCAGAGUCAGUCACGACUGGACCCAAUGGUCAGGGGUCCCUUUACCUUUACCUUUAAGCAAAUUCAUGGAAGAGAGGGCUAUUGGUGGCUGCAAGCCUUGAUGGCUAUGUUCUGCCUCCACAGUCAGCAGCAGCAAUGCUUCUGAAUUACCAGAUCCUGGAAAUCACAAGAGGAAAGAGGACUCUUGUGCUCAGGUGCAGCUUACUGGCUUCCCACAGGCACCUGGCUGGUUACUAUGAGACCGGAAUGCUGGUUUAGAUCAGGGGUCAGAAAACUUUUUCAGCAGGGGGCCAGUCCACUGUCCCUCAGACCUUGGGGGGGUCCGGACUAUAUUUUGCGGGGGGGGGGAGGAUGAACGAAUUCCUAUGCCCCACAAAUAACCCAGAGGUGCAUUUUAAAUAAAAGCACACAUUCUAUUCAUGUAAAAACACCAGGCAGGCCCCACAAAUAACCCAGAGAUGCAUCUUAAAUAAAAGGGUACAUUCUACUCAUGUAAAAACACGCUGAUUCCUGGACCGUCCGCGGGCCGGAUUUAGAAGGUGAUUGGGCUGGAUCUGGCCCCUGGGCCUUAGUUUGCCUACCCAUGGUUUAGAUGAUUCCACUUUGGGGUGAAACAGCAGACUCUUCUUAUGUUUAAAUUACAUUGCAAAUGAAUUUAGCGUGUACUGUGGUAGGAAGCUAGAGUUGUACACAUGCAGUCCAAAGAACCUCACGACAGACUUUAUGAGGGAUAGGCAUUUCACAGCACAGGUGAGAGAUUGCAUGGUUAAAUUCUCUUUUUAAAAAACUUCUUGGACUCAGAAAAGUAGCGUGGCAGGAAAAAAAAGAUGUACUAGAGGACCUUUUCUCCCUGCUGUGCUACCUUCCUGCAUACAGGGUGUGCUUCCCUUUAAGCUUCUCGCCCUCCUCCAGAACAGAUAAGGAAGAGCCAAUGUUUAAGGUCAAGCACAACCCGCGCACUGCUCAUGCUGCCCUUGCAAUGAUAAGGUAAGCUCAGCAUCAUGCCAACGCCUGCCUGAAACACUGGAGAGCCACUUCCAGACAGUGCAGAGACAGUACCGAACUGGAUGGGCCCAAUUGACUUGGUAUAAGGCAACUCCCUGUGUUCCUAUUUAAAGCAGCCUUUUCAGAAUGAUGAGGACUAGAAUCCUACGUUUUAGGGGAAGGAAAACAAGUGAGUAGUACAGCACUUGCUUCGCAUACAAAAAGUCCUAAGUUCAAUCCCCAAAGGCACCUCCAGGUAGGACUGGGAGAGAGUGCCGCUGCCUGAAAACUGGAAAGCUGCUGCCGCUCAGUGUAGACAAUACUGAGCUAGAUGGCAGCUUCCUGUGUUCAAAGGACAGAUUUCAGCACAGCACAAUGAGCGUGAGAGAGGGAGGCUUGCCUGAGGCUCCCUGCUGAAUUCCUAGGAGAUUCUCUCUAUCGUUUGAUUGCUCACUCUUUUGCUCCACCCUAACACAGACCAUCCACCCCGGCACUGACUAAUAUUCGAGAUAUCUGCCAUGGGCAUAUUAUGUUCUAAACAUAGAGUUCCUCUUACAGCAUUUCCCACCCAGUUUUCUCUGUGUCGCUUCCUGUGCUAGGAGUUCACACUCAGGGUCAAAUGUCCACUGGAGCCCUCCUGCAAUGGAGCACUAUAUUUUUGUUUUGUUUCCAGGUGUGCAAAAUGGGUGGUUCGAAAAUACUGUUUCCCUUAGGUAAAUGACCACGAGAAUGGAGGCCGUCUGUGUGCUCGAGCCUUUGGUCAAAUGGCCUUGCAAAGCCAAUCAUUUCUUUGGAGGGAGGAAGCCAGGGUGACCCGAGGAAUGCCAGGGCACACUAGGAGCGGCCAGUAAAGAAUGAGCCCGUACUGGCCAGGCUGGAAUUCUCUGAAGCCCAGGCAAACUUGGCUGACCUGCUUCAAAACGAACGAGUUUCCCCAUUAUCAACAAGCUGAGGAAAAUUCAACAAGGCAAUGCCAGAACAUAAAAAGACUGACUCAGUGGAAAGCAGCUGCUUAUGUUUGCUUGCGUACGGAUAAUGCGGGGGUGCUGCUACUGCAACAAAAAAGUUGCAGUGUAUCAACACGGUCUCUGCCAGCCUGGAACAGGAGUCUUGUAGCAGGUGUUGGUUGGUAGGAUAAGGUAGUAUAGGGAAGGGGGUCUUUCCUUCCAUUCUGAGGCUUUCUGCUUCUGUGUUAACAUGACAAUGCAGGGUCAGGUUUGGGGCUGGGCAGGAGCAUUAUUUAUUUAUUUUUGCUAUAUAAAAGAGAGGAAGGGCAGAGAGUGCAUUGUCCUUUCCCCCUUUCCUCCCUCCUGAAAUUGUCCCACAUAGCACACACAGAGGACAGGUUUUUAACUUCCUGGCAUGCUCCUAUCCAACUCUUAAUUCUCCCCUUCCAGAAUACUCCUACCUGGUAGGGCAAGGCUGGGGAGACCUUUUUUCAGACUGAGAGCCACAUUCCCACCAAAACAGCCUUUGAAGGGCCACAUGCGAGUGAUGGGUUGGGGACAGAGGCAAAAACAGGUGGUGCAAUUGAUGUACAGUAUAGCAAGGUAGUUUCUGCACACACUCAAACACCCUUCUGCAGCCUCCAUUCAGGCAAGUAAGAGGUCAGAGAUCCAAGGACACUUUCAAGCCAGGGAAAAACACUCCAGGGAGUGAGGGGUGUGGCUUGGGGAGGGUUCUAGGGUGCAAAUAUGGACCCUUUGAACUCUAUGGUUCUAUGUAGGCUCAGGAGGAUCUCUCAAUUUCUGUUUCUGAUUUUUCGAGUGUGAAGUUCUGGACUCCACAUUUCUACAUCAGUUUACAAUUUGUUCUUAAAAAGAAAAACAACAUGAAAACUUGUCAGUGUUUUUGUGUGGUUUUCUCCUACCACACACGUAUUUGUAUGCUAUUUUGCAAAAAGCAAAAUUUCCCUUAAUGCAAUCUUUUAAUUAUUUUGUUCCCACCAAUGUAGACAUUUCGACACACACUUAACCAAAGUAUAUGUACUUUUGUACACAUUACUUGCCUGGAGAACUGAACUGCAAAAUCUGGAGAAGUGCAAGUUCCAAAAAAUAGUUGGGUUUUGAUUUGCGUAUUGUUUUGCAAACAGUUUUAAAUGCAAACUGCACCAAUUUUCUCCCCCUUUCCUAAGUUCAGGGCAAUCAUUUUGCACAUUCUCUGAGGCAUUCAGACCAUACCACACUGUAUGUCUAUAGCAGGAUCAUACUGCUUUUAACAGUCAUGGGAAUGGUAGAUGUGUGAGGGGAAUAGGGGGGCUCCUAGUAGUUCCCAGUACCCUUCACAAACUACAGCUCCCAGAAUUCUUUGGUAGAAGCUAUGACUGCUUUAACCAGGUCUUUGGCUGAUUAACAUUCUAUGCUCUUUUAAAUGUGCUUGUGGGAGAGGGGUUCUUGGUUUAGUCUUGUUCUAGUUUUAGUAUGCAUUUUGUUUUCUCAUUUUCUAUUUUUAUGUUGUGAACUGCCCUGUGAUUUUCGGAUGAAGGGCAGUAUACUACUACUACUAUUAAUAAUAAAUAAUGUGGUAUCAUAAUGCUUUAAAUGCAUGGUAUGAAUGUGGACUUAUUCUCAUAUUUCAGGGAGAGACCUUGGCAUGGGAGGAGCAGGGUUUGGGGCUGGCUCAGAUUAGGUCUGCUCCUUGUCAUCCUGUUUUUAUAGAUGCUGCCUUUUUGGUAAGUAAAUAAGGAGCAGCCAAGGUGCCCAUUCUGAGUUCUCAUUCUCCCUCACACACAAGGCCAGAGGGUGUGGGUUAUCUCCCUUGAGAUAACAUCAGGUCCAGCAGGUUUUGAAAGUUUUAUAACCAGGGAGUUGUCUUUGCAAGAAAGCAUGAAGAAUCGCACACACCACACACCACCGGAAGCCGGACAUGGGAAGCAGGACUGACCCCGCUAUUAGGAUUGGAGGAUUCUGAUGAAAAUGGGUCUGGAAAUUGCCAGUGUUUGCUUUCUCAUCUCAGGACCAGAAUGGAAACCAAUCCAGUGAAUGCUAUUGGUAUUUGCUGUUGCUGUUGCUUUUAGUCCACAAACGAUACGUAAUUGAUGACCUCCCCUCCUUUUGCAUUGUGUUUCCUUUGGGUUGAAAUGAAUGGAGUGGAAUAACUUAAUGGCAAUGUAGUUACAAAAUUAAUUAUGUAAUGUGUUGCCACAGUGGACAGUGGGAUGAAUAGUUGCUGGCAGGAGAUGAACUGCAGCAGAAGGGAAACGGUUCUGCGUGUGACGAAUUCAGAGCUACAAUUUCCAGAGUUCCCUGGGAAGAGGGAUUGAGGGAGUUCCUAACAACUCUCUGCACCCUUAACGCUUUACAGUUCCCAGAAUUCUUUAAGGGAAGCCAUGACAGGAAAUGUGGUAUAAUAAAGCUUUAAAUGUAUGGCGUGGAUGUGGCCUGUGGCAAUAGUCUGACUUUGUAUACAUCACCUUCAUAUGUGGUACUAACCACAAACAGUUGCCGCUUUUGGCUAGCUCGCAGCUCCUCUGCCUUCUGUAACAAGUGAAAUACGUAGACAAAAGUUUGAGAACACACAUUAAAGUGAUCUGAUAAGCUUGUUUCAACAGCUGUGGGGCAGGCCAUACCACUAGGCAUAAUGAGGCAGCCGCCUCAGGCAUCUGAUCUUGGGUAUCAUGAAAGGGCAUCAAGUUGACUGUUAUUUACAGUUGUGUCCCAUGCUAGUCCUACUCAGAGUAGACCCAGUGAAGUUAAUGGGCAUGGUCAACUUUGGUUCUUUAAUUUCAAUGGGUCUACUCUGAGCAGAACUUAGCUGCAUGUAAGGCUCCAUUCAUUUUUUAUUUUUUAUUUUGCAUUUUUACUGCCAAAGGGAGAAUGCGCCUUUAGCAAUAUAAACAGUAUACUGAACAAUUUCCACCAGGAUUGUGGAGGGUUUCUGAAGCUGAACGUGACCAAAGUUGCAGCGGUUCUACAUAAUCUGAGCAAAUGACGGAGGCAGGGUCAACGCCCAGCCCAGUUCUGGCCCUUUCUGAAGGUUUGCUGGAAAGCUGACACUUGUCACACCCUGUCCCCUCCGACAUCCCACGCCCUCGAGGGAUAAGAUCAGGACAGGCUGGCAAAGACCUGUUCUUUUACAUUAUUCAUCUCAGGGAUACCUGUCUCCUCUGGAAGGUGGGCUUUGCUACAUACAGGUAGGUGAAGAUUCAGUCUGCUUGCAGCCUUUCUUGAAAUAUUUCACUUUCACCUCAUUCCCACUUCAAUUUCUUUGUCUGUUUCUCCUCUGCUUCUCCCCCGUCCCACAAUCUUUGAUUUCUUACUUUGUAAGUUCCUUGGGGGCAGAGAUCUGCUUGUUGAGAUUCUGUAAAGCAUGACAUACACCGAUGGCACGGUAUAAAAUAAUAAUAAUUGUUACUAUGGUUUUGAAGGAUGGGAAUAAUAGCAAAUCCAAAUAAGGAUGAAAAUAUGUACUGGUUGGACACCAUCUAAUUAACUAUUAAGGGUUCUAGACCCACUUUGCCUUUGACUUCCCUAAACUAGAUUAAUUUAUUUUUUUCAUUGUUUCAUCGCUCAGAGGAUCUUCUGUUCUUUCUCAACCUAUAUACUGUAGUUCUAGUUCAGCAAGAAGUCGGUGACCGCACUGUAGAGCAUUCUAAAACUUUGACACAGGACGAAAAAGAAAUGCAUUAAUCCGUAUGCAGAUCAAAAUGCUUUUUUAUUUAUUUAUUUAUUUAUUUAUUUAUUUAUUUAUUUAAAAGCAUUAAUAAACUGCUCAAAAUUAAAAAUCUCUAUGUGAUAUGCAAAAAAUACAACAUCAAAACAAGAAAAGCAGUAUCAUAAAAAGUGAUACAUAGAAACUUGGGAAGUUUCCUUAUACUGAAUCAAACUGUUGGGAUUCAUAUAACUCAGUAUUCUCCCCACUGACUGGCAGUGGCUUUCGAGGAACUGAGCAGGGGUCUCUCUGAAGCCUACCCAGGGAUGCCAGGAUACCUUGGGUCUUCUGCAGGCAAAGCAGAUGCUCUCCCCCUUGUCCGACUCUUCGUGACCCCAUGGACCAGAGCACGCCAGGCACUCCUGUCUUCCACUGCCUCCCGCAGUUUGGUCAAACUCAUGCUGGUAGCUUCGCGAACACUGUCCAACCAUCUCGUCCUCUGUCGUCCCCUUCUCCUUGUGCCCUCCAUCUUUCCCAACAUCAGGGUCUUUUCCAGGGAGUCUUCUCUUCUCACGAGGUGACCAAAGUAUUGGAGCCUCAGCUUCAGGAUCUGUCCUUCCAGUGAGAACUCAGGGCUGAUUUCCUUAAGAAUGGAUAGGUUUGAUCUUCUUGCAGUCCAUGGGACUCUCAUGAAAUACUCUGGUCCAUGGGGUCAUGAAGAGUUGGACACAACUAAAUGACAACAAAGGGGGAGAGCAUCUGCUUUACCUCCAGAAGUAAUCAUCCUUUGCUUGCCCCCUAAAUUGCCUUCAAUUUAUAUUGUUUCAUGUCACCCCAAUCUCUGAGUGAUGUGAGAUUCCAGGGGUUCCUGGCCUUUACCCAGGGUUUGUGUUUCAUUUGGAAAUGAGGAAUAGCAGAGACUGUGGUGUCUUUAGGAUAUAUGAUUAAUUUACACAUAUAUACAAUUAGAGCCUAUGAUGGAAGGAUUCACAGCACUGACACCCCAAAAAGGGCCUUGUUUCUCCAAUAGCUGCAGCCUUGAAUUCAAACAGAAAUCAAACAUUGCUCAGAAUUUCUCUCCAGCUUGCUGCUUUUUUCUCUAGCUCUCAAGUCUGGCUUUGUCCUUCUAACUAUUCAUGAGUUGGGGGGUGGCUCCACCCAUCUGCCCAUCUCACACAGAGCCCCUUUGCUAUGUUCCUCUGUUAACACUUGCUGGAUCCAGGGGUUCAAAGGCUCUCAGCAUCCAGCCUACUUCCCGCCUUCAAAAAGAAUCUCAUAACAUUAUUUAAGUUUCUCCACUAAAGCUAACCUCCACAUUCUCCCAUACCAAUAAUCCAACCCUGUACCCUUUAGCUCUUUCCAGAAUCUGGCAAUAGUUAAAUAGUUAAACAGUUAAUAUUUUCUUUCCUUUUGCUGCUGAAAGGGACAGCAGCCGUAACUGUGCUUUGUAUUGUCUGCUAUGCCUCAGAUUCAGCACCUUCGCAGAGUGUGUCUGUGAUGGAAAAUAAUUCAGAGAAAAGUUUGCAAAGUUGCCUCCCCGCCACCCUCCCUCGGGGUGUGUGUGAGAAAAAGACGUUUCCUGGGGGAUAUGUCUUCGGACAAAUUUUGGCUGAGCUCUAAUCAGCACCUAUCAGAGCUGAUAAGGAAGCCUUCAAAUACAGAAGAUGUCUAUUAUUGUCUACCUUCUUUUGUGGCUUGUGAGGUCUGAGAGGCAUCUGACCAUCAGCCAUCGAAGGUGGCAUGCUAGGCAAGAUUGAUGUGGGUCUGAUCCACCGUUCCUUGCUGCAAAAUUUAAGUUACUUUAGUGCUAUUCGUCUUGCCGUCGGCUAAGCAGAAAUUUUACGUAAUUAAUUCUAGAAUUAUUGAUGUUUGCAUUAUGUUGUUCCAUGCCAUUCAUUUCAAUGCAAAGGAAACACAAUGCAAUUGGGAGGGGGAAAAGUAAUCAAUUAUGUAUCAUUUGUGCACCAAAAGCAACAGCAGGGAAUACUCCUCAUACCUACCGGUUUGAUUUUCAUUUGGUCAUGGAACUAAUGAGCAACGCCCCCUGCGGUUUUCACUCCUGUUUCUGUUUCCAUUGGGAUUUUCUGACAUUUCUGCCUUUAUCCCCUUCAAACUCUGUAACUUAAUUUGAAAACUAUAGAGUUGUUUCAACACCCUUUAAUGCUGAUGUGUCAGUGGUGAUCAGCACAUGAUCACACAUGAUCACUAGAUGACCCUUUAGAUCCCUUCCAACUCGACAUUUCUAUGAUUUUAUGGUCCCUCUUUUCUUUUUCCAGUUUCUAGCCGAGACUCGUCAUGGCGUUGGCGUGUCGCAAUUCAUUCCUGCUGGCAGCAUUUGGCCUUUACCUCGGUGAGUCGCUGUUGCUCCCCCAAUAUAUCUCCCACUUCGCAUACCUUCUCUUCAGAGAGUGUCAACCUACUUCUAGUAAAAGGAAGUCAACCUAACAAAGUUAUGAAAUACUCUUGCACCUGGACUCAUCUCCCUUGCCAUAGGUCCUGGGCACAAUUCAAAGUUUCCGGUUUCUGGGCACAAUUCAAAGUGUUGGUGCUAGUAAAGCCCUAAACGGCCUCUGCCCAGUAUACCUGAAGGAGCAUCUCCACCCCCAUCGUUUUGCCCGGACACUGAGGUCCAGCGCCAAGGGCCUUCUGGCGGUUCCCUCACUGCGAGAAGCCAAGUUCCAGGGAACCAGGCAGAGGGCCUUCUCGGUAGUGGCGCCCACCCUGUAGAACACCCUCCCACCAGAUGUCAAAGAAAUAAACAACCAUCGGACAUCUGAAGGCAGCCCUGUUUAGGGAAGCUUUUAAUAUUUGAUGAAUCAUUGUAUUUAAUAUUCUGCUGGAAGCCACCCAGAGGGGCUGAGGAAACCCAGCCAGAUGGGCGGGGUAUAAAUAAUUAAUUAUUAUAAUAUUAUUAUAAUUGCCAAUUCCCUGCAAGAGAUUUCAGACCAAUGCAAACAAUACUGAGCUAGAUGGACCCUUGGUUUGACUCUGUAUCAGGUAGCUUCCUGUGUUCCUAUGUCUUAAAGGAAGGGCCGUGGCUCAGUUGGUAGAGCACCUGCUUCACAUGCGGAAGGUGGUGGGUUCAGUCCUCAGCAUCUCCAGCCCAAAGGUUCUCGGUGUAUGGCCUUUGCCUGAGAAGAACCUCAAAACCUGCUGUCAAAAGACAAUGCUGAACCAAAUGGCCUCACCAUAUAAAGGGGCUUCAUGUAUCCCCAGGUGUUUUCACUAAUGGAGCCUCUCUCUCCCCCCCCCCUUUUUACAGGGCUCUUGCUACACACGGUGGAAACUGCAUCUGUAAGUCCCUUACACUCCCUUCUGACAUCACCCAGGAGCUUCCCUAACCUGGUCUCUGGGGCCUGCUGUUAUCAGGGCUUGCUUCACCAAGGAAGCCAGCAGCUAAGCAAAACUUCAUUCCCACCCAUUGGUUGUAAAUUAAAAUGUCUGUCUGGUAUUUUUCUUCCUCUGUGAUGGGGCCUCUCCCUGAAUUGCAUAUUUUAAAUUGCGUGCACAUCGCCCUCUGAAUUUUUCUAAGGACGGAAUGGCAAGGAUUGGUUGGGCUGGAUGAUGCUUCAGCACUAAGGAAUCCUGGUGGGGGCUUGCACGAUGGUGACCUUCUGGAGAAAAUGGGGUGUCAACCAUAUUUCAGCAGGAGGCGACGCAGCAAAACAGCCUUCCCUGACCUGGUGCCUUCCAGAUAUUUUGGACUACAACCCCCAUGAGUCUCAGCUAGUGAGCUGGAGCGCAGCACAUGAGCGUAGGCUCCUCUAAACCCUUGACCAGAAGGAGGGCAGGGCUUGAGCAGAAUGACCAACCACUGGGAAGAAACAGCCGUGCUAACUGUGGCUUAUGGGAGCUGUAGUUGAGGGCAGCUGCUGUGGAGAAAGGAUUCUUAAAACUUUUUGAAGCCGUGCUCCCAUUUAAAAAAUAAAAUAAAAUAGAACAAUCAUGUUCCCUUCCCAACAGCUGAGGGGGAAUAUAUAUAUAUAUAUAUAUAUAUAUAUAUAUAUAUAUAUAUAUAGCCUUGUGUAUUAAAACAUUUGUUAAUUUUGCAAUCAUAAAGACUAGACACUUAAAAAAGAGGAUUCUUUAUUCUGUACUACAGGCACACAAGGAGACUGUGAAUUCAGGGAAUGGUACAUGUUCGCAUGGUCACCAAUAGCAACAUAUUAAAUUAGGAAUUAAUAUACUAUUAUUAUAAUAAUGCCUCUUUUUCUUUUCCUCUAGUGCCCUGCUGCUAAGAUUAAUGGUAUGUGAAACUUACAGCAUCUCAUAUACAGCAUCAAAAGAGAGUCAUUUUGGGGAACUGUAGAAGAAACUUGGCUAAACUUCUUUUUCUUUUCUCUUUGCAACAGCUUCAGAAGUCUGUGGAGACAUGGAGAGGUAUUUCUAAAGUGCUUGAAGCCCAAACCCCCUAUUUUUAAGACACAAAAAUUUAAAAAAGAACAGGGGGGGGGCAGGAGGUCUAGGUGGACACCAAGGGAGGUGCCUAUGAGGGCCAGGUUUGGGACCCUAGAUUCAGAACCAUCUUCCUAAGUUUGCAUCUGUCACAUAUAAAAUUACAAUUGCAAAUCUUAGGAACAUAACAUAGUAAGCUGCGUUGGUCUCUCUGCCUCAGUAUUGGCCACACUGACUGGCAGUGGCUCUCCAGGGUUUCAGAUGGAUGCAAAGCAAUGCUCGGUAUCUAUGCCCCCCCCCAUCUUACUUUUGCAGGGGCCAUGCAUAACAACUGGCAUUGCUGGAUGAGGUAGAUGUAUAGCUGGGAAACCAAGUUGGAGUCAGUUCCAAAAUGUAAGGCAGGCAAGGAAGAUGGGUUGGGUUAGGCUUCUGGUUAGGUGAGGUCAAGAGAUGGGCAGUAAAAGAGUGAUGUGUGUGUGUAUGUGGAGUUUUCAUGUGCUUCAGAAAGUAGUGGGCUGGGCGUAGAGCUGGAAGGGACCAGGAGGCUCAUCUUGUGAAACCCCCUGCAAUACUGGAAACGCAGCUAAUAGCUCAUCACAGCUACUAAUCAGACAGCAGAAAAUUGAACUAAGAAGACCCAUAAAUAGUGAGAACCUGGGAGGAGAAAGAGGGACCUCCUUGGAAAAUAUGACUCUACUUUCUUGGGAUGGGGGGAAUUCCAGAGCUGUAGAUGGAAUCUGGAUCAGGCACACCCUUGUGUACUGCAGGCUAUAGAAACUGGCUCACCCUAAUCCACCAGUGGAAUUUAGGCAGCCUCCUUUGAAUUGUUACCUGUUCAGCCUAUGUGUAUUUCUCUCCCCCACCUCUGUUUGUUUCCAGGAUGGAUGUCAAAACAUCACCAAACCUCACCCAUAUUGUAUGCGACAAUGUAAGUGAUUUACAUCCAUGUGCUACGUUUUCAGAGCCAAAUAAAGAUCUGCUCAUGUGCAGGGGGGCGGGGGCAGAAAGAACGCUGGGACUAGGUGGUGUGCAAGGCAAAACAACAACAACACCCCCCAAAAUACGCACACACACAUUGGUAGAAGCCAAACUGGGCUUUACCUAGUUGGCUGGAAGGAAUACUAAGAACAUGAGAAAAGCCUGCUGGUUCAGGCCAAUGGCCCAUCUAGUCCAGCAUCAUGUUUUCACAGAGGCCAACCAGAAACCUCCAUGGGAAGCCUGCAAGCAGGUUUCAAGCUCUUUCCCCUCCUGCGCUCUCCUCCAACUGGAGUUCAAAAGCAUUGCUGCCUCCAACUGUGGAGGCAGACCAUAGCCAUUAUGGCUAGAAGCCACUGAUAGCCCUCUCCUCCAUGACUUUUGUCUACUCCUACUGCCUCCUGUGGCAGUGAGUUCCAUAGCUUAACUUCCAUCAGAGGAAAUAGCUGGAAUCCAAAAUCCCCAGUUGUUUGGGCUGGCGGGGGUUUGGAUGAGGCAGAGCCACCCAGCCCUGCCCUUGUUCUGCUAGUCCCUCUGGAGGGGUGUGGGGGUGGGAGCAGGGCCCUGUUCCUUUUAACGAAUAGGCCUCCACUGUCUUCAUGUACACAAGAGGCAAUAUUGCGAAGGUUCCCCCAUUUCUCUCCUCAGCUCCAGAACCUGACUGAAGUGAACCACACUUUCAUCGUUGGUGCCUUGGAACUUGUGCUAAGGAAGACGAGUGAGGAGGUUUCAUUAGAUAUAGUCAGGGUGCUCUUCAGUGAAGUGGAUGGGGAGGAGCUGGAGAAAGCACUGGAGGCAUUUGAUCGCAAGGUAUAUAUAAGAAAUGUGUUAUUCCUGUUGGGAGGCACCCAGAUGGGUGGGGUAUAAAUAAUAAAUGAUGAUGAUGACUCCACUCCCUGCUUUUCUCUCCACUUCCUCGUGAGCUCUGGUUUCCCAGCUAGAAACUCCUCAAGGUCAGCUUUUUGCUUUCCAGAUAAUGAACUCUUCCCUGAUCUCCCCAAAAUGGAAAACUAUCAUACUGAGGGCUCUGUGGGAUGAGAAGCUGAGAAACGAGGAUCGUUUCAAUGAGACAGCCUUUGUGACAGCCUGGUUCCAGAAGAGGCUUCGGCUUUUCAUCUCGGCCAUCUCUGUCGACAUGCUCCAAUGCCUUCACAAUGAGACAAUGGGAUGCGAACAGUACCAGGCAAUGUAUGGGUUGUGUUCAUGUUGCUGUGACUAUGACCAAGAGUCUCUCUGCCCUACCUUUUCAUUGCUCAAUGUCCUUCAAUUCCACCAGGGGUUAAAAAUGUCUGCCUGCACCGCAGCUAAAAGGGAAGGUCUAACCGCAUUUCCCCAACUAGGGAUGCCAGCAAAUCCCAUCAAAAACAGAAUGGAAGCAGAAUUUCCCCCCAGUUUGCUUGUUCAUUGGAGGUUAUGAACAGAAAUCACAAGCUCAAGUAUGAGCAGUUGUAGCUAUUAUCAGGUUUUUCAGGCCGGAAAGGACUGCUAUUUUCUGCAUUUCUUUUUACUCCGCCCUUCAAUUGAAAUUAAUUACAUGAUUAUACAUUUUAUUAUGUUAGUUUUAGCAUAGUGGAAAACGAGCUGAACAAUGUUGGUUUUAGAAGAAGCCGAAUGGUAGUGGAAUGGAAACAGCUCUGACUGUGAUGGAGAUAGGAUGGAAUGGAAAUUACUGCUUCCUUUACAUCCAUACUUCCAGCGCUCAAAACUGCAAUCAUUUGAAAAUGUGAUUUCCCCAACCCCACUGGUUCUCCUGAGUGCAAAGUACUCUCCCACCCUGAAUCCAUAGCCUCAUCCUUUGUGGAAGGGGAGCCUGACAUGCAUAUAGAAUCAUGAACUAAGACUAAUCUUUUUCAUUCUCUUCUCUUUUGCCCACCAAUCCAUCCACCAUCUGCCCAACAAUAUACCGUACUUUUUCUUCCCAGCGUUAAAGGUCUCGAUGCACAGUUUACCAAGAUGAGUUCUCAGCUCCAUAAGGAAGUCUUUGAGUCUUUCCAGCUUCCUUACCUGAAAGGGUUGAAUUCUAACGGUAAGGGGCAAUUCUGCCUGUUUCUGGCAAUUCAGGGACCCAAUCUGACUCCUCUUAAAUGUUUUGCAAUUACUCUGUGAAUUUCAGUUCCCUCAGUUCCUCAUGUUUUUACUGUUCUAAAUUCAAUUCUCCACAUUUUGCAGUAAAUUGAGAUUUUUUUUUAAAAAAAACCCUCCUUGGGAAAAUUCACCACCGUUUUAGCGUGAAUUAUCCCAAAACACAUUUUUACAUGUACUCCUGACUCGUGUACAUAUUUUGCAAGCAGCUUUCUGUAAUAUAAUGCUUUUUUGUAUGCUAUCUUCACUAAUAUAUUCAUUUUUACGCACACUUCCCUGUAAUAUAUGCAUGUUUGUAAACAUUUUGUUGGAGAUCUGUGCUGUAAAAUUUGGAUAAGAGCAAAUUUCAAAGGACAGCUAUGUUUUGGAAAAUUAAAAUUUGAUAGAUCUGCUUUCAGAUGUGAACUGAAUUGAAUUUCUCUCCCACCCCUAACUCCAAUUCAGUUUUUUAAAGCUCAAUCAGUGGUCCAUGCCUGGGUGUCAAACAUACUAUAAGAAGGACUGGGAACCCGCAGGUCUCCCAAUGCUGUUAGACUACAACUCCCAUAAUUCUUGACCAUUACUCAUGCAUGCUGGGGCUGAUGGGAGUUGGGUUCCAACAACAGCUGGAGUGACACAUGUUUCCCUGCCCUGUUCUAUAAGGUUGUCUAACAGCCCAGUAAUCCAGGGCUUGAAUUUAGAUACUGUAGAGCCAAAACACAUGCGGUUCCCACCCAUUUGAUUUGGGGAAAAGCAAAAUUGACACAAAAUCACAGGGCUGAAAGAGGCAAAUGUCACUAGUCAACCUCUGUUUCAACCCAAAAUCAAACAGUAGCCCCUGUUCAAGAUCAUGUUUCCCAUCAUCCCCAACCCACAUGGCUGUGGUAGCUGGGGCUGAUGGGAACUUUAGUCAAAAACAACUGGAGGGCAUCAGGUUGGCAAAGGCCAGCCCGAGGAGAGUGCAGAGAUAACCCCUGUGGACACUUGUAACUUGUAGAGCUUCAGGAAUUGAAUUUGAACUGCAGGCAUCGACUUGCUCAUUUUUUGGUCAGCCAGCCAUCAUUCUAUCAUUAAAAAAUGUUUAUGAGCAUGAGACAGCUGUUAAGCCAGAGCUUCCUGAGGCUGCUAGGCAGAAGCAUGCAUGUUUGGUGUGUGUGUUUAUAUAUAUGAACUGCAUGUGGUUUUGUAUGAAUGUGUCAGUAUUUGAUAAUGAUGGCUGGGUAACAGCAUGGUCUUUGAGGUCUCCGGCAAUGAGUAGGUGCUAUAGGCCACCUGCAACUUGAACCCCCAUCCCAAUCUGAAAUAUGGGUGAUAAUAAUACCGUUCUGCCUUACAGGGUUGUUGUAAGGCUUGCUAUGUGCAAAACAUAGGAAGAAACAUCAGAAUAUAGGAAGCUGCCUUAUUCUGAGUCAGACUAUUGGUUCAUCUAGCUCAGACUUGUCUACACUGGUGGGCAGGGGUUCUCCAAGGUUUGAGGGCAGGGGUCUCUCCCAGCCCCACCUAGAGAUGCCAGGGAUUGAACUUGGGACCAGGAAAGACGGACUCACUGCGUGGCCAGGCAGAUGCUUUGCCCCAUUGAAGUGCUCUGCAUCAGUGCUAAUUAUUAUGUUACUGCAAAGCUCCAGCUUCAUUGCUAAAAAAUAGCAUUUGAAUAUCAGUUGUGAAAUUGUUGUGACAAAUGUUUCUGAUAUGUACUGAAGUUCUCACCCUGAGCCAGCAGGGGGAUACUGUAGAUAGUUCAGGUCCACAUAUGCAAAUAAGGGAUCAAAAGUGACGUUCAGUGAUUGGAUAGUUACAGAAAAUGGUUGCUGUUGCGUUCUAGUGGAGCUCUAUAUAAGCAGGCUGGCUGAACCCUUCAGUUCAGUUCUGUUCUGGCCUGUGAAUAAACAAGAGCUGUUUGAAGAAUCGCUGUGUUAUCUGAUGUGUUCAGCUACUGUAAAGCUUCAGCUUCAUUGCUAAAAAAUAGCAUUUGAAUACCAAUUGUGAAAUUGUUGUGACAAAUGUUUCUGAUAAUGGUUUUUCUUUGGGGGGGGAGGGGGCAUUACAGUUCUCCAAGUUAUGAAAUUGAAAAGAUUUCACUGUUUUUAUCCGCUUCUCUCUCUCCCUGCCCUUUCCUGUCCUUUGGAUUCUUAGGCUCUUCUCUCCGCUGUUUCUCUGCAAACUCCAGCUUCUCCGUCUUCUUAGAAGAGAUGUUUCAGAGCUUUGCCAGCCUCCUGACUCUGAGAGAUCUGCAGACCCUCAUUCCCACAUCGGACCUCCAAAAGGUGCUUUUGCUGCUGCAGUACCGUCAAAACAUUUAUGGAAGGAUGAUGCAUUUAUUCAUUCAUUACGAUGAUUUAUUAUUUCACAUUAUAAGCUAAGGGAGUCGAGGGCAGCUCAUGAUUAUCAAAAUAACAUAAAAGCAGUUUUAAAACAACACUGUAGCAUGAUGCAGAAAGGAGCUGAAAACAGCAGUGUAAAAACUUCAUACAACUAUCGAUCAAAAGCCAUGAUAGCUAUUUAAAUAAAAAGCCUUUACAUGUUUCCUGAAUGCAGGAAAGGAGGGAUAUUGCUUAUUUUGCCUUGGAAAGGCAUUUCAUAGUCAGGAUGCCAGCACCACGAAUGAGAUGUGUGUGUGUUUGUGUAUAGAAACCAUCCUACUGUAAGAAGCUGAAUUUAACUUUUGUUGCUUCACCCACUUUUGCCUUUGGACCCACCCACCAUGGGCACAUGGCCCUCAGAAGGUUGCCCAGAAGGGAAUGCGGCCCUUAGGAUGAUAAAGUUUCCCUUCCCCUCCACAUUGUUUGGUCUGUACAGCUUGUGGCUCCCCAAGGCUCAUGAGCCAAAACCACUGUUUAAAUAGCACCAAAUGAAAGAUUUACUCUGAAGGUCUGCAUAAAUGUUUUUGUAGCCUGCUCAACUGCAGCGCAGAAUCAUUGUACAAAUAAUUUAUUUUUGUAUAAUAACCAGCCUCUUUUUAAAUUGCAUUUUUAUAACCCAAGCCUAUUGUUCUUUCAAAUUAUAAUGCUGGUUUUUUAUGCUUUUGUUUUCAGAUUGUGAACACAGUCUCUCCAGAUGCUCUGGCUGACUUACUUGCCAGAGAGGGAUUUCUCAAUGACAAGCCUUUCUUGACUGCUGUGUUACGGAACUAUAAGCAGAAUGGAGCCUUUAUUGAUAAAUUUAACGAGAAAAAUGUUACUGUAAGUGGGGGGGAAAUGACAGAAAUAGUUUCUUUUCUUUUCUUUUUUAAAUCCACACUGAAGAAAGGAGGAGAUAUAGCAGGUGUGGAGAACCUUUGCCCCUCCAGAUGUUGCUGAACUCCAACUCUCAUCAUGCCUGCCCAUUGUACAAUCAUGCUUGGGCUGAUGGGAGUUGUAGUUCAGCAACAUCUGGAGGGCCAAAGAUUCCCCACACCUGGGAUAUAGCAACAUACAGGAAAAAUGCAACACUCAUAUUUUAAAACUGAUUGGACAUAAUGUUUUUACUUUUAUGUAGGAUAAGAACACCCAAGAAGGGAUGUGGGUGGCGCUGUGGGUUAAACCACAGAGCCUAGGACUUACCGAUCAGAAAGUCGGUGGUUCGAAUUCCUGCAACGGGGUGAGCUCCCAUUGCUCGGUCCCAGCUCCUGCCCACCUAGCAGUUUGAAAGCACGUCACAGUGCAAGUAGAUAAAUAGGUACCGCUCUGGCGGGAAGGUAAACGGCAUUUCCGUGCACUGCUCUGGUUCGCCAGAAGGGGGUUAGUCAUGCUGGCCAGCUGUAUGCCGGCUCCGUCAGCCAGUAAAGCGAGAUGAGCGCCGCAAUCCCAGAGUCGGCCACGACUGGACCUAAUGGUCAGGGGUCCCUUUACCUUUAAGAACACCCAAAAACUUUAGUCCUUCUGCUUAUGGAGAUAGAAAGGAAGAGGAGGGUUGUGCCCAGGUGGUGCAGAGGAGUGUUGGGAAAUGGGAUUUCCUCUGAGAGAGGUCAAAUAUGGAUCUGAGCAGCAGAAGAUGUUGGGGGCUUGCAAAAGGUAUCUCUGGUUUUAAGGUGGGCUCUUGGGCCUCCUGGAUGCUGGUUUCCAGCAGGACCACUGAAAAAUAGGAUGCUGGACCAGAUGGGUCAUUGGCCUCUUUUGAUGUUCUUAUGAUUCUGAGCCUGACAUUUGCCAUUCAAUGGCACCUCUCAGGUGGACGCCGUUGCCAUUAUAAGAGAACAAGGGAGGUGUUCAUGGUGAGUUCCGGGAUCUCUUUUUCUAGAAAAUAACACUGCAUAUAAGUUUCAACCACACUAUUGUACAAGCUUUGGACAAGCUCUGAAGCUCAUGAAAUCAAGCUAAUGCCAAAAUGUGAGACUGGGGUUACAUUGGAAUGGAAUGUACUCUUCUCAUUCAGGUGGAUUUUGAAAGUUCAUCCUCCUGUAUGUUCUACCUCUCACUUUCUAGCAGAUCCAGGCUUUGCAGCACCUGAUUUCUAAUGCUUAAAAAUUAUUUUUGUGGCCUUCCUUUGGCAGGGCAUCCUUCCAAAUGACACCAAGGCAGCUCUCUUGGCUGGUGUGUGGCCGACUGUAGUUUCCAGCAGCAACAACACAGAAGUGGACAUGUGGCUCAGUGGCCGCCUGGCUCCCUACUUCAUGUUCCUCGAUGGUGACCUGCUCAAUGCAAGUGAGACCAUGAAUACCAGCUGUGUGUCGUUCCGUAAAAUGUAAGAGUUCUUGUUUCCGAUUUGGGCAUGUGUGUGUAGAGGUGGAUUGAGAGGUCUCACUGGGCGUGGAGCCUUGAGGGCUUCACAGGGGGCUCCACAACUAUGAUGCAGAAUGGAAUACAAGAGGCAGGGGGUGGAUUUUGGUGUCACACAGGACACCACUGAAAUUUGAAAGCUUAAGGUCUGCCACUGGUGUAUCUGUGUCAUAACAGAUAGCAGUUAGUGCACAAGAGUUACAGAUUCAGAUUUCAUUGAGCUGUGAAACAGUCUCCAGCUUGGGCAAGUCUUAUCACCUAACCUGUUUCGUAAGGCUGUUAUGAAGGCAGAGGAGAAUUGUAUCGCAGUGCUUUGGAGUUCUUCGCCUUCACAUUCUUGAAGCAACAGGGGCAGGCUUUUGUAGCCAGGUUCAAAGGCUUGGUUCUGAAUAUAUUCAAAAUGAAAUUACAUAUUUCUGUUGAGCUAAUGCUAUUAUUAACAGGAACAAUGAAUUUAUUACCUGUCCUUCACCAGCAGGUUACAGGGUGGGUUAUGUCAAUUUAACAUUCAAAAUUAAAAACAGUUAAAACAGAUUACAAUCACAGGAAUAGGGUGGGCCCUGAAAACAGGCAUCUCAGGUGCCAAAGGCCGGUGUAAAGAGGUGAAUAUUCAGCAUUUGCUGAAAGUUGUAUAGUGAAUAAGCUGGAUACAUCUCUGAAGAGGGAAUUCAACAACUUAGGGGCUGCCACAGAGAAUGCCCUCUCCUGCCUCUCUCCCAAAUGUCUGGGGGAGAUGGAACUACCAAGAGGGCCCCCUCUGCUGACCUUUGAGACAGUCUGUAGGGAAGGAGGUAGUCUUUCAAAUAUUGAGGCCUAAAUUUGGCAUCUUCUCAACAAUGGAUCUUCUUGGUUUCUCCUGGCGGCCACACAAGGCAAUUCACCCCACUCAUAGAUCUGAACUGCAAAGCAAAGAAACAAGAAAGUUUUAUUUGUGUGCCUUAACUUCCAUUGUUUCUGUCUGCAGUGUGCAGAAGCUGAACAGAAACACAGGCAUGUCCCAAGAUAAGGAGGAAGAAGUGUACUAUUCCAUCAAAGCUUACCUGGCAGGUAAGUCAAUAUCCAGGCUGGAGCCACAGAAAGAUGAAGCUGCUUUCACAACCUAGUAUAGAACUGUGGCUGCUCUUUAUUAAGCACCCUUUCUGAUUUGUUUGCACCCUUCCACAUGUUAAAGAACCUCUGAAAUGGACUUGUGUGUCUUCUAAUUUUGUCAGCAGAGUACAAGUUGUCCUGUCAUUCCCUCUUCAAAAGGGACCUUUACCUUCACUCACAGCUUAUCCCCAUUCUAUAGCUUGCAUUUUUACUUCAAGCAGUGAGAACGUUAGAACGUUGUGUUGCAUUGCAGCCAGUUGCUCAGAGGGGCUUGCAGGUGUCAGGUGAUCAAAUGCAAAAAAGCAGGUAUAUAUAUGAGACAUUUGAGGCCUUGCUCCAUUUUGAGAACCUUCAUUGAUCUAUGUCGCAGCUGCCCAAGUGAAGCCCCGCUGCUACAAUCCCAGUGAUAAAGAGACAUCGGAUUGGCUUGUCACGUAUCUUGGGAAUUACAUCCGUUACAGCAAUGCCAGGGACAUGCGUUUACUCACAAACAACAAUGCAACCAUAGUAAGUAUUUCUGCUGGAUUUGCUUUCGGUGCAGAUAUUAUCUGGAGAUGAUGUGGUGGUGCUGAUCAAGUCCUCAAUGGAAAAUUAUGGAAAAUUCACUGAAAACUGGAAAUAGAAUAUCAAGCUCUGAAACUGAGUUGGGAUUUCAGAGAAUUCUAACAGGAAUGGGAGCGGAAAUUGCCAAUGUUUGUUCAUUCCUCCCAUGUCUGGAAUGGAAAUCAAUCCAGGGAAUAUGAUUGACAUUUGCAGCUGUUGCUGCUUUCAGUUCACAAACGGUGCAUCACUGAUUAUGCAUCCCACUUUGCAUUGCGUUUCCCCCAGCAAGCACUUACAUGGCUGUGUCUUUUCCUAGUUCCAAGAUAUUGCCUUCAACCCAGACAACCUGGUGCUCAUCAACAGGAACAGGCUCCGUAAAGACUUGGCAGAGAUGUAUGCUGAGGCCCUCUUUGCCGUCGAUUCUGAUUUCAAUCUUGACAGGUAGGUGUGGAAGCGACUGUUUAUGAAGUGGCUAAAAGAGCCGUUGGCCAAUCCGGGGCCCUCCAAAUGUUUUGGACCGCAUCUAGGUAUGGGUUCAGUUCAGUUUGCAUUCAGAGGUGAAUGUACCCAAAUUUGCACUUCCUGAAAAAGGAUGUGAAAUGAAACACAGGCCAUCCUUCAAAAUUUGCAGAUUUCCAAACUUUUCAGUACAGUUCUCAAACCAAGUCAUGUGUACAAAAAUACAUAUUAUAGAUAAAGGCUGCAUAAAAACGUGCCUUUUAGUAAAAAAAAAAAAAAAAGCAUACAAAGAUGCGUUAUAUGAGGGGAAAUUGCUUGCAUUUGGGGAAAAUUGGCAUAAAAAUGUGAACCAUAAUAAAUCGAUGGCUUCUGCCCUUUCCCAUGCACAUUCACUCUAUGCGCUUAGAACAUCUGCUCGGGCUAAUAAAAACCCUGUAGCUAUAGCACAUCAAGCUCUGGCUGAUUUUGAGAAUCUUCUGUUCUGUCUCAACUGGAUUGGCAGCACUGGUGCAUCUCGUUCUCAGCAAGUUAGCAAAGGGCUCCGACUCAAUCUAAUAAGUCACCAAAAUAUCAUGUAUAAAGAAUCAAGAAACUAACACACCACCCACUUUCCUCCCAAGUCUUCCAGACCAGCUUAUUUGCUUUGCUAGACGUUCAACCCAAAUCUCCAGCCUUAGCUCUGACAAGGCCCUGAACCUCAUUGCGCAGGUCAACCGCUACUGCAACUCCUCUCUGCCAUCGGCAUCUGACCGCCAGGUGAGAUCCCUCCGAAUUUUGUGAUUGCACAUUGCACGUUUAGGAUGCAUUCAGACAUGCAUUCAAGGGGGGCUGCAAACAGAUUUUUUUGGGAAGCAAUCAACGCAGAAAUGAGUGCUAAAUAUGCACUAUAUUUUGCUAGUUUUACAGAAGUGGCUUUUACAUUGCAUGAAAGCUCAACUAUAAUGGGGAAAUGAUCAGUAAGGAAAAUGGGAAAUGGAAUAAACUGGUAUGUGAAUGCAGUCUUAGUGCUGUAAACUUGUAAGAGAGUAAUCCUUACUGAACACAUCAAGAUAUACUCCUGAGUAAAUGUGAGUAAACGGCGUUUCCGUGCACUGCUCUGGUUCGCCAGAAGCGGCUUAGUCAUGCUGGCCACAUGACCCGGAAGCUGUAUGCCGGCUCCCUUGGCCAGUAAAGCGAGAUGAGCGUCGCAACCCCAGAGUCGGCCACGACUGGACCUAAUGGUCAGGGGUCCCUUUACCUUAAAUGUGCUUAGGAUUGUGCCAUCAUAGACAUGAAGGUGGGGAUUCUUGUACAAAGAGCACCAGAUGGUUUUGGAGACUAAACAUCCCAAAGGUUUCCUUCCCCAAAUACUUUUAAAUUAUAUGUAUUCAUUUCUGGGCUCGGAAGAGGGUGAUGUGCAGACUUUCAUGGUCCUAGCCCAAGCCAUGACUCUCUCCUACCCAUAACAUCUUAUGGUGGGAGAGGUCACACUUCCUAUUCCAAAGUCAGAUUUAGUAACUGGUAUUCUGGAACCCAGGAAUCAGAACAACAAAAGGUGCAUUGUUUUCUUUAACUUCACAAUACAGGUAACUUAUGCUGUGAUAGCUACACAGUAGACUUAAACUGGAUUAAUAAUAAUUGCUUCUUCCAAGCGAAUCCUGGAAAUAGCAGUUAUUUGAAGGGAAAAGAGAACGCUCAGCAACUACUCCCAGGAUUAUUUGUGGGAUAGCAUUACAUUUACAAUGAUUCUACUGAGAUCCAUAUGAUUCUAUACUGUGUGCCUGUAAAUGCAUUAAAGCAUGGAAUCUUCGUAACAUUAUGCCAUGCAGAACUUAAUUAUGCAAAAAUAUAAGAGGCAUCACUGUCAUUUCAAUUUAACAGAUAGGAAAACUAAGGCUGAGAAUCAGAGAGUCUUGGACAAGAUUAACCACUGAAUCAAAGGCUAAGUCAGGAUCUGAACACAACUGUCUCAGAAUCAUGUCUGCAGACCCUGAAUCUGAAAAUUUUCAUGUUGGAAAAACCAAAACAGUGGUUGCAUUUGCAUGGACUUUUCCCUGAAGGCAUUUUGCAUUCAAGAAGUUCCCAAUCCUUAAUUAUAUCUGUCUCCCUUUCCCAGCUUGCUACGAGUCUUGUUGCACAAGUCAAGACAUUUGACAGACAGACUCUGGUGGCCUUGGGGCAGCAGGCCAUGGGGCUGACCACUGGUCAGAUUUCAAAUCUGACGCUGCAAGAUCUGGUGGACCCCCAGGUCCUGGAAUCGCUUGGGCAGGUCAAUGGCUGGAACAGGGGACAGUCCCAAGGGCUGGUGAACAAGAUCCUACGCAGCGACUUCACGGUAAGCAAUCUGACACCCGUCUCUGGUGGCUGACUUUUGGAAAGAGCUGCAAAUAUCACCAUGCUAGGCCAGUCCAAGGGGGCAUCCAGUCCACCUGCCUCUUUCCAGUUCUGGACAGCCAAAGACCCAUUGAAUCUGGCAUCCUGUUCUCAUGGACAAGGGACAUUCCCAGCCCUACUUGUAGAUGUCAGGGGUUGAACCCAGGACAUUCUGCAUGCAGCUCAAGUGCCCUACUGCUGAGCUACUGCCUUACCCCAAAGUGAGGGCACAGCAGCUGUGGGCAGUGGUGCAGUCUGGGCUCAGAGGGGUGUGGCAAGAGAAUGACCAAAGUUGUUGGUGUUAAGAAGGGCAUCAUCUUGCACAGUGACCCCUGAAACCUGGGAACUGACAUUGCAGGACAGUGCGAUCCUCUCUGAAGCUCUGACCUUCCUCCUCUGUCCUUCUUACUGCAGCUGGAUACCGCUGAGAAGUUUGAGAGACUUGGCACCCUGGCACAAGGGUUGCCCAGCAGCAGCUUUGACUCAAUCUCAGCAGAUUUGGCAAUUCAGCUGGCAAAGAAUGCCGCCUUCUUGAGUGCUCUCAGGCAAGGCUCCGAACACUUAAGGAAGGCCUUUGUUAGCAAGGUAAAUGGGCUAAAGGGCACAGGAACAACCUUUGUAAAUGUGUUGGGGUUUUUUGGAAGUGUCUUAGCUUAGGGGUUGGUUACUUUCCGUUUUACAAAAGCCAGAGAAGAAAUAAAAUUUAUCCAUCUGAAUAUACUUUGCAGAUCAGGGAAAUCUAAAGAUUAGUACCGUUUUUAACAUUUCUGCUAGCUGUGGGGCAUAGAAAGGUUUUUUUGUAGAGCCUUGCAAUCUAGUAGGCCCAAUAACUGGAAGCCCGCUCUUUCCCUCACUGAGAUUUCAUCCGGCAAGACCCAAACAUUUCUUCAAAGUCACAAGGACUAGAAACUUGUGCUCUGCUUUAAAUGACAGCUGGGAUUCUCAGGCUUCAGAAGCCCAUACCUUUGACCAAAUUCCUUGUUUUGCAUAAGCCUGCCGGUAGAUAAAAUAGCAGCUGCAGUAGGAAGCUAUUCAGUUAUUUGGGGCAGAGCGAUAAUGCUCAUAUCAUUAGAUAUGGGGUAGUCAACCUUUUUAUACCUACCACCCACUAAUGUAUCUUCCUUCAUGGUAAAAUUUCCUUACUGCCCACCAGUGCUAGAUGGAAGGAGGGUUCAGCUUGUGCCGUAGAACCCCCUACUGCCCACCCUGAAUCCUGAAACACCCACUAGUGUGCGGUAGGGACCAGGUUGACAACCCCUGUAUUAGAUAAUCCUUCCCCAACCUCUUGCUCGCCAUAUGUUUUGGACUACAAUUCCCCUUAGCCCCCAUCCCCAUGACCAUUUUGGACUACAGCUAUCAUUAGCAAAUCCAUUUUGACUUUAUCUCCCGUCAGCCCCUGUGCUUGCUGAGACUUAUGGGACUUGUAGUCCAAAACAUUUGAAGGGCACUAGAAUGGGGCAAAGCCGCAUAAGAUAAGCCAUAUUGGGGAACUCUGAUUUGGUUCUAUGACCUUUCCCUCAACCUUGUAGAUCCUCUCAAACUCGUCCUCCCUCAGUGACAUCCUGAAUAACGUCCCAGAUGAUUUAGUGGACCAAGUCCCAAAUUCGCUACUGGUGAUUCGAGGCAAGAUCCCAGAUCUCCACAAAAUCAAUGAGAAACAAUGGUCCCCACAGCAGGUAACGACUCUGGUUUUUCUCUUGAACCCUGUUUGCUUUGGAGGCAGCGUGUGGCAAUUUGAGCCUGGACAGGCCUGCUCUGCCAUCUUGCUUCUUCCUUGCUACUGAAUUGACCCCUCUCUUUGUUCUAGGCAUCUGUUCUGUUUGGAGAUGUGCUGUCCAGCACGGAUAAUUACACAGAGUGAGUUGUGGGCCCACAGUGGUGCAGGCAGGAGUGGGGAGACCCCCUAGCCAGAAUUAUCUUAAAAAACAAUUGUCCAGCAUUUGACAACCUUUCCAUUGGCUCCAUGGAUUUGACCUUGGGCUUGUAUCCAAGGGAGGCAUAAUUGGCUUAUUUCAUGAAGGAAUCUUUAUCUUUUAAGACGCCCUCUCCCUGGCUUAAUCAAAUUUGAUUUAAUUCUCCAUACUAGACAUUUUCAUUUUCAGCAUCAUUAUUUAUUUGAUUUGUAUACGACCUUUCAUCUGAAGAUCACAGGGAGGUUCACAACAUAAAAAUGAGAACACAAAAUACAUUACGAAAAAGCGAAAAGCAAACCAAUUACCCUCCUCUUCCCACAAACACAUUUAAAAAGCCAUAGAUUCUUUAAUCAGCCCAAGGCCUGGUUAUAGAGAAUUGUUUUCUCCUGGCGCCUAAUAUAUAUAUAUAUGUAUGUAUAUAUAUAUAUAUAAUAAAGGCACCUAGUGAAAUAUGGUUGAGUUUUAAAAUUUAUACAGCGGUUGAUGGUGAAAAAAGUACAAAACCUCAAAGUGGUUUGCCUGAAAGGGUAAAAUGAUAAAAUUAUCAAUAGGAAAAAUUAACACCGGAAUUUUAAGAUGUUCAAAAUGUUCAAAUAAGAAUAGAUUAAAAACAGAUUAAAACUUUGAUUGGCUUUCUAAGCACCUGGGCAUGUCCAAACAAGAAUAUUUUUAGCAGGUGCGAAAAAGAGUACAGCAGAGGCGCCUGCCUGAUAUCAAUAGGCAGGGAGUUCCGAAGUGUAGAAUCUGCCACACUAAAAGAUGGCGUUCUUCCAAAUGUGUUAUGUGGCACCUGUAGAAGUGCCAAUUCCGCCGAUCAAAGCGGUUGAGUGGACAUAUAUGGGGUAAGGCGACCUCAUAGGUAAACCAAUCCCAAAUUAUUAAGGGUUUUAUGUGCUAACAGUAACAUCUUGAAUUUGGCUUGGAAGCAAAUUGGCAGCAAAAGACUAAUUCACCUCUGUGGCUUCUAGGCUUUCUGCAUUCAUCCUGCAAGGCUUCCAGUGCAAUGUUGCCACCAAACUGACACCCGAACAGUUGUCCUCUUUGGUCCAAGAAGUGAAGAUUAAAAAUGCCAACCUGAGUGAGGAACAGGUGAGAGAUGCAGAUGGGCUGCAAAUGGGGCUGGAUUGAGGACUCUUGCCCUCACUUCCCCUCAAUUAGCAGAAUCAUAGGAUUCAGGCAGGAUCGUGCUGGUAUGAGACAGGGGCCAAAGGAGUGCCAGGCUGCAUUAGUAUGCUAGGGUGCUUUCUUGGCUGCUUCUGAAUUUGGGGUCCUGUGCAAAGGAGGCCAGGAAAGCUCUCUUGUAUCUGUAAGACAGGGGUCACCAGUAGUGAGGUCAGAGAAUUCCUCCCAAGACAGAAAUAGGAGUGGAAAUUACUGAUGCUUGUUUAUGCAUCCUGUGCCCAGAACCAAAAUCAAUCCAGCAAAUACGAUUGGUGUUCACUGUUGUUGUUGCUUCUGGUUUGCAAACAACACACACUUACGUCCCCCGCAUUUGCAUUGCGUUUCCUUUACAUUGAAAUGAAUGGGGCAGGAUAUCAUAACGACAACACAAUUAGUUAUCUAAGUUACGUAAUUUCAUCACAGCAAGAUGAAAAACAUAGUUUUGGGCAGAAUACGAACUGCAGCAGAAUGGAAGCAGUGCUGCACGGGGUGAAAAGAAGGUUAUAGAAAAUGGUGCCGCCUUAUAGUUACCAGCCUUAUAGGCCUGCGGGUACAUUUGAAUUUUUGAGAGAGUGUAGUGGAACAGGUGGCACCCCCCCUUGGGUGACUUCUUUCCCUCAGAUCGGCCCUCCCUGCGAGACUCAGACAGAGAGAAAGUGCACACCCAGACACCCAGUUUGCUUUUUCAAGCUUGAUGUUGCACUGAUCAGGGAAUGGAUAGGGAGGUGAGAUCCAGCUUUUGUUUUACAAGGGAUGUAAGGGGAAUAAUGUUGGCUGUCUUCCCAUCAGCUCUCCUGCAUGGCAAAACUUCUCUCCAGAAACAACCAGGCAGCAAAUUUCACCAGUUACCCACCCGAUGUGCUGCUUUUCUUUCCGUGAGUAGCUCUGAGGAAUUGUCUUCUCUGAGGAAUUAAGUUAAGGGUCAGGAACUUUAUUUUGCUUUGUUUAGCUCUCUCACCAGAUGUUGAAAGCACAUUGAAAGCAUAUGGCUUUCUCCAAAGAACUUCAGUUCACCUCUUACAAAGCUAUGAUUCCCAGCAGCCUUAACAAACAACACUUCCCAGAAUUCUUUAGAGCAGCACAUGUGCUUUAAAUGUAUUAGGUGGUUGUGCUCAUUCUCCAGACCUAUCACUCGACACCAGUUGCUAGAAACCACAGGAGGGAGGGGAGAAUUGCCUUUGUGCUUGAAUCCUGUUUGCGGGUUUCCCACUUGGGCAUCUAGUUGGCCACUGUGAGGACAGGAUGCCGGACUAGAUAGGCCAUUGGCCGGAUCCAGCAAGCUCUUCUUAUGUUAUUACUCCUCCUGUAUGCCAAUUUUAACAUUAUAGGACUCUCCUUCCCUGCCCCAAAGAACACAAAGAUGAAAAAUAACAUUUAGGCUAUCAUUUUAGAACUUACAUCGGAAGUUGAACAGAAUCCAUUCCGGAAGUCCGUUUGACUUCCAAAAUAUUUUGAAACCAAGGUGUGGCUUCCGAUUGGCUGCAGGAAGCUCCUGCAGCCAAUUGGAAGCCACGGAAGCCAUGCCAGACGUUCGGGUUCCAAAGAACGUUUGCAAACUGGAACACUCAUUUCGGGUUUGUGGUGUUUGGGAGUCAAAACAGACAAGUACCAAGGCUUUCGACAACCAAGGUAUGACUGUAGUUAAAAGCUGGAUAUGGAGGAGUGGAAGCGUCUGUAGUACCAAACCUUUCCUGCACUCCUGCCCUGCCUCUCAAAUAAUGAAGAUUCACGUAUCUUCCAGUCUCAACAAAAUAAAUCAUCAGAACUGUGAAGCGUUUUACACCCUGGCUUCCCAAGGGAAUCUAACUCUGCUGGCCAACGGAUCAACCCAAAGAAACAAACUCUUGGAGAAUGCAUUGAGUUGCUUUGUGAGUGAUGCUCUUUCCUUAUGCAAAGGCCUUGUGAGGGGCGGUGGGGGAGGGGGCCCACUUUCAGGCUGUCCCUAUUUUCAAGUGGGAGUCAAACACAUGCUGGCAAAUUCAGGUGGCCACAAGGAAAGUGAUGGAGAAGGUGGUUGAGAAACACACGGGAUAACACUUGAUUUAAUGCAAUGUCAUCUAACCUCCCCAUAACCAAAUAAGAAGGGAUGCUGACCCAAGACAUUUUGGCACCUGAGGGAGACCCCAGCAUGGCAUCCCCCUCCCUGCCAGGGAAGAAUGGGCAAGGGAAGAUCUAUAUCAGGAGGAAGCAGGGGAAAUAAAGAUCUACAUUGGGAUCUGCUGCCCCUGUGGAUCCUGGCCUCAUGGGUGGCUGCCCCUGGUUCUGCCAUUGCUGGAAUGAACACUAGCAACUGUAAGAGCAAAAUGGGCAUGUUCCUUCUUUGGUCCUAAUAUUAAAUAUUUCACCAGAGAGUGGCGAAUACCUCACUCAGCAAAGAGCAGCUGCGGAAGCUUGGAGCCCUCGUGUGUGACAUGGAUGCAGCCACCAUUUUGGACUCUGACCCAACGGUCCUGGAGAACCUGAAACUGUGUCCUGAUCUCACAGCUGCCCAGAGGAUUGCCUUAAAUGUGCUUCUGAGCAGUGGGAAGACUUCGCAAGGGUGAGCAACAGGGACAGACAAACAUUUCUGGUUUAUGUUUGUUUUGCAUGUGAUGUGGGAGAAAUUCUCUUUGGGGGUUCAGUAUGGAGGCUCACAUGAAAUACCUAGUUAGUCAGGCUUUAUUCAGUAAUGUAUGACAGGACAGAGUCCAAAAGAGCCUGUCGGAGCAUUCCAUUUGCACAUGCCCUAUAUAGGAAAAAUGUACCAUCUUGGCUGUAUCAUCUUCCAGCCAACCAUCUUCUGCCACCCGAACACUUCAGCCAACUCUUCAGCCAACCAUAGUCCUUGAAAGCAUUGACUCAACCCAUAUUUUCUUCUUUAUUAUUUUGACUAUACCCAAAGAGCCCUCCCUGCACCUUAUCUGGGAGUUGUUUUUCACUCUAGCAUAUCAGUUCAGCAAAAGAGGUGGGUCCAUCUAGGUUGGUGAAGGCUAUCUCUGAUUGUGCUGUGCUGACUGUUGCCUUCUGGGAGUUGUAGUCCGAAAACAACUAGAGGGUGGCAGGUUGGUCCAAGGAUUCCAUAAAGCAACUGAGGAUUGUAUGUCUCCAUGUGACACAGGGCACCUGCAUCUUGGGAUGAUGGAACCCUGGAAGAUCUCGGGCCCCUUGCUUUGUACAUAAACCGUACCACGUGGGACGCCAUUAACAAGGUAGGGGGAGCAGAAGAGUCCCAGGCUUCAUAUGUUGUUGUACCCCCUCCCCCCCCGUAAUUCCUUAAGAUUUGCCAUUGAUGUACAGAUUCGGGUGGAUCUCCCUUUUUUUUUUUUACACAGGAAGAGAGACUGAUCUUCUUCAGGAAGGUGGCAGAUCUGUUUGACAGCCAAAGUGCUUUACAGAAAGCGAAAACAAUCCUGUUCUUAAAGUCGCUUGGAUCGAAAUCUGCUUCCCCUCCUCGGACUAGACGAGCGCCAGAAAGUAAGAGAGAGAGAGAGAGAAGAAGAAGCUAGUUUAUUGUCCAUAUCUAUAUAUCUCUAUCUCAUUGUGAGAUUGGAGGUACGUAGGUUAUAUGCCUGAGCCCCUCUCUAAUUCCUGGAUCCAGCAUGAAAUCAGUUCCUGGAAUAGCCAGGCUAGCUUCCUGGUGAGGUGAUGGUAUGAGUCACUAAGGUAACAAAGGAAAUGGCUCAGUGCCAAAGUCAUUUAGAAAGACAACGGCCAGAGUUGAGGUGUGUGAGGGAGAAGUUAGAAGCAGGAAGUAGACUGGGCAGAUGAGAGACAGGUAAAGGUAAAAGGACCCCAGAUCAUUAGGUCCAGUUGUGGCCGACUCUGGGGUUGCGGCGUUCAUCUCGCUUUAUUGGCUGAGGGAGCCGGCGUACAGCGUCCGGGUCAUGUGGCCAGCAUGACUAAGCUGCUUCUGGUGAACCAGAGCAGUGCACGGAAACGCCGUUUACCUUCCCACUGGAGCGGUACCUGUUUAUCUACUUGCACUUUGACGUGCUUUCGAACUGCUAGGUUGGCAGGAGCAGAGACCGAGCAACAGGAGCUCACCCUAUUGUGGGGAUUCGAACCGCUGACCUUCUGAUUGGCAAGCCCUAGGCUCUGUGGUUUAACCCACAGCGCCACCCGCGUCCCCUGAGACACAGAACCAUGCCUAAUUUCUGUUGGAUCCAAGGCUGUGGCUAUGGGAGAAGCAAGACCCUCUUGGGGUGUUAAUGCUGUGAGCCCCUCCAUCAUAGUCUCAGGCUGUCUAUAUGUGUCAAUAAACCAUAUAUCCCAAAUACCCCACAGUCUCCACAUUCUGAGGUUGAAAAAUGUCUGACUGUGGAAGAGAAGCUCUAUGUUGUAUGACAGCCCUAGGUUAAGACAUUUGUUUUAUGUGGCAAUUGUUUUAAAGUUGUAUGUUUGGUGCAUGGUAACAAUUUGUACUGUAUUAAAAGUCACAGGCUUUCUUGACUAUUGAUGGAGAGAGGGGGGGGGGAGCCAAAGAGACGGGUGAUGGUUUCCCAUAAUUGCCAAGUUUGCAAGGUCAUUCCCUGCCUGUGAAAUUCUGCCAACAGCUUGCCGGUCCACUCCAGUCACAACCAGCUCACUGGAAGACCCGCUCUUCAUCGUCCACUAUGACAGCGCCCAGCAGUUUGAUGCCUGCCUGAGCAAUGAGGUUUUGAAAGCCAACUUGGUCCCACUGCUUGAGCAGCCGCUUCCGAACGACUACUUGACAGUAAUUAAAAGGAAGCUGGACGAGGUAACUGAAGGGCCAUUGAUGUAUCUGUGCACUGCAGCCUUUGCUCAAUGAUGCUGUGGCAAUUUUAGGGCAGCCAGGUUGCUCUGGUUGUGGUGCCCUCACUACAAUUGAACCAAAUGUACCUUUUUCCUAUCCAAGGAGGAGCUCAGAAACAGCUGGCUGUGCAAAUUUGAAGCAGAAGAAGCUGGCUGUGCAUGUCGCUGAUUGGCUGCCACAGAAAUGUCUGCAGCCUUUGCCUUACUGAUGUUGGCCAAGGGUGAUGGGUUUUCUAGCAAACAAGGUUGCUCGUUCCACAACUAAUGAACUCCCUACCCUCUUUAUUAGAUCUACCCCAAUGGGAUUCCAGAGGACCACCUGAAGCUUCUUGGCUUCCUUUCACGCCUGUACAGCGCAGAUGAGAUUGGCAGGUGGAAUAUCACCUCCAGUGACACACUUGCCGCUUUGCUCAGCCGAAAUAAUGGGGCCUGGGAGAUGGCUCAGGUAACAUAUAUAAAUGGGGGAUGGGUGAACUCAUUAAAGUCCAGUCGGUCCAGAUUCUUUUUAAAAUGAAUUCAUUUUUAUCAGUUUUCAUUACAGGUAAAACUGUAUGACUACGGUAACAAUAAAAGGCAACCUUCCCCAGAAUAGCUCCCAAAUCUGCAUGCCACUAGGUCUGUCCCAUCACAGGAACAUAGGGGCAUUGGUCCACCUAUCUCUGUACUGCCUACACGGACUGGUAGCAGGUCUCUGGACUUUCAGGCAGGGGGCAUUCCCAGCCCUAGCUGGAGAUGCCAGGGAUUGAACCUGGGACCUUCUGCUUGCAAGGCAGAUGCUCUGCCACUUAGCUAGGGUCCUUCUCCAUCCCAUUCCCAUGUGAAUUUUAAGGAAAUCCUUAAAAUAUCUGUGCAGAAGGAAAGAACAUAGUGUCCCUGCAGUGUAUCCAGUGGGGGGGGGGUAUUGCUCUAGCUAUUGCAACACUAAGGUCUUCUUUACAGAAAUGAUGAUUCUAAGGAGCAUUACUUUUUAAACACAGACUUCUCUUAUUAACUGAUAAGCUUUGCUCAUAACAAACUAAACUCUGCUUUUACAUUCAGGGAAGGAAAGGAAGAAUGAAGCAGGAAAGCCCAGUUCCUUUUACUUUUCAUACUAGUCAAUGGGAGUUACAGAAAAAGCUACCUCCUUAUCUUAGGUCUUUCACCUUGUCAGUUCACAUCACGACCUUAAAGGAAUAGCAAAAUAGUUUCAAUGCCACCAAACUCAGUCUGCUCUCAGCCAACCACUGCCUGCCUUCCUUCCUUCCUUCCUUCCUUCCUUCCUUCCUUCCUUCCUACAGCCAUUCGAGUAGGAGGCCCUUCCUGCCUGCCUGCCAGGCUCCUCUGCCCUCCUUAGCCUCAGAGUUGCUACUUGCAGAACUCAGCAGAGAGGAAGCCAAGGGCAAAACUAGAAUUGGUUAGCUCUGCCUGUCAUUGGCUCUGGCGCUACCUACUGAUGGCCUCCUGCCUUGCAUCCUACCAGCCCCAAUGGGCAUCAGCCAAAACUGGUUCCUAGAUGAUGCAGAUACAUAAGGAAUUACUCUAGCUGCUGGAGCAAGCUUUUUACGUUGCCUGCCGCAGUCCUACAGCACUGUUGGAUGUCAGAGCUAGAUGUGCCACCACAGGUGACCCAGUGUGUCACUGUUCAUGUCCUGAAACUGAACUCUUCAUCUUGCAGCUCAGGCGACUGGUGUCAAGAUACAUGGAAGAAGGGGGCAGCCUCACGGGCCCAUUACUUGACAUGCUGGAGGGGAAAUACCUCUGCUUUUUGGACGAAGAUCAGCUGAAGCAAAUAAACCCAGAAGCAAUUCGGUAGGAUGCUGCCUUGGGUGGGGUGGAGGGCUUUACUGCUAGAAACAGAUAUGGAAAGUUCUGACUCAGAGCCCAGGGUAUUUCUUUUUCUGGGCGAGCGUAUUCCCCACAACUAUGACUUCAAACAAUUGGCAUUUGCAAGGUUUUCUGCCUCCAACCGUGAAGGCAGAACAUACCUCCAUCAUGGGUAGCAGCCACUGACAGAACCGUCAUUAAAUGCCAAACCAAAUUUCUUCUCCAUCAGUUCCCUUGUUGAGCUCAUUGCCAACUAUGUGAUAAAAUGCACCCCUCUGGAGCCAUUUCAUGCCAUCCCAGCCAUGUGAGAUUUUCUCAGCAGAGAGACUCCUGUGUGACUGAGACAGCGUUUCAACGAUCCAAAGUUCUGGCCAGGGGCUGACAAUGUGGGUCUUCCCAAUGGAACUGGCACCUUGCCAGACCCCAGGGUGCCACCUUCAUAGGUGAGACCCAAGUUGCCAGUCCUUCUACUCAGGCAUGUGGUUUGAGCAUCAAGGCAAGCACACAGGGGCUGCUCCAGGAAAAUGGGCAAAGGUUUCAAGGUCCCUUGAACCAGCUAUUAUUUUGUGUCAGCAGCUAAGUUGCCUUCCAAGUCGAUUGAAGCUUUUAAGCAGUUGUUUUGUCCAAUCUCACCCCCUGUAUUUUGCUUUGUGCAGGCAUGCUGAGAAGUUAGAUAUUUCUUCCUGUUCCCAAGGCAAGAAAGACAUCCUCUAUGAAAAAGCACGCACAGCCUUUGCAAGCCAAAAUGGAACCAGUGCAUAUUAUCCCCUAAUUCAGCCAUAUCUAGGUGGGUACCUUAAUUUUCCCGCAACUUUCCUCCAUUCCACCAUGGGCAACGAAGGUGCUUCCAGAUGAAACUUUCCCUCCAUAAUUAAGGGAGUGCUUUCUUACAUUUCUUAGAAUCUGGACUACCUUUCUCUGAAAUGGGUGCAUUCCCAGUUUUUCUCAGACGUUGCCCCAUUUUUAUUUUAAAGGCAGCUUCUUCUUUUAAGUGGCUUUGGGGUUUCCAUCCCACCUUGUUAAAUAUAUGAGCUGCUCUGUUUCCCAUUUCCUUUUCCUUUCCCCCUUUUAAGGUGGAGCUCCUGCUGAGGACCUGAAAAGGCUGGCUGGAUCUCAGGUUGCGAUGGAUAUUGCCACAUUUGUUAAUCUGAAGCCAGAAGAGCUACAGGUGAGUUGCUGCAGUUGGCUGAACUGUGUGGAUUCUAAAGGCAGCCUUGGGCAAGACUUUGCCACAUCAACAUUUCCCAUCCAUUCCAUCAGUUAGGAAGUUUAAGCCAAAAUGUGGAACUAUCUGCCAGACCAACCUUCCCCAUACUGGUGCCUUCUGGAUGUUUUAGAACUACAGCUCCCCAUCAACCCCAGCCAGCACAAGCUGAUGGGAAUUGUAGUCUAAAAUGGCCAUGCUGGCUGGGGACUGAUGGGAGUUGUAGUCCAAAACAAGGCUGUCCUGGCUGGGGCUGAUGGGAAUUGUAGCUCAAGACACCUGGAAGGCACCAGGUUGAUGAAGGCUGUGCUAGACUCUUACAAGCGUAAAAACAUUACAGUGUUAUUUAUUUAUUAAUUAAAUUUGUGUACUGUCCUUCAUCUGAAGAACUCAGGGUGGUUCACAGAGUAUAAAAACACAAAAUAAAAACACAAAAUACAUAAUAAAAACAAGAACAAACCAAACCAACCCCCCUCCCACAAACACAUUUAAAUGGACAAUUAAGCAGAAUGAACCAUUAUUUAUCCUUUUCAGGGGACACUGCAGGGGGUGGGUGAGGAAUAAUUCCAUGAUAUGGGGUGCAGGGUCUCUAACAGAGGAUUCUCAUUCUCACGCCACCCACAUCAAACUGUAAUAGGAGAUGCUACGAUAAUAGAAGAGUAUUGGAACUGAUGCUGGCUUGUAGUGUAGUCCCAGCCUUGCAUUUCUAAUGCUUUUAAAGUGGAGAGAAGCAAGAGCAGACUAGAAAGGUCAUUUUCUGGGGGAAAUCAUAAUUAAAACACAGGGACCUUCUCGAAUGAGCAAAGGUAUCACAAAUGUAUUGCAGAAACUGAGCGUCCAGGAUGUGAAAGGGUUGCUUGGUGUAAAUUUGCCUGAUUUGAAAGAAGUUGAGAAUGAUCCUUCGGUAGCCCUGUGGAUCAAGAGCCAUUUUCAGUCUGAGCUGGACACUCUUGAGAUUGGUCUGAGAGGAGGGAUGACCUCUCUGUCCUCCACAGCAACCAGCAUCACAGUAGCAGAUGCCUCCGAGUCUACAACACCCAUUGACACUCCAACAGCUGAUCCUCCUACUGCUCCCAGUACGGGGUCAACCUCAUUUGCCACAAGUGACUCAGUGACCUCUGGUGACAAUGCAGCAGUGUUCUCCAGCAGCAGUGCUGCUAUGCAACCCCUUUCAACACCACUCUUUGAAACCAGCACUGAGGCCAAUGAAACCUCUUUUGUCUCCACCAACAUUACCCACACAAGGGUCGCCAUAGAUCCCAGAGUUGCUUUCUCCACCCAAGCUCCAGCUAUCUCAUCCAGUGUCACAGCUACUUCAGAUGAUACCAUCAGUGGAACAUCGGCCCCUCCCACAGCAAGAGAUGUCAACACAACUACCUCUGACAGAGGUUCAGCAGAUUCCAACGACACCGGAACUGAUAGCACGACUUUUCCUACCAUCCCGAUAGACUCCACCAUUGCAGUUUCCACCAAAAUAAUGGCUACCUCCUCCAAUGUCACAACUGCCUCAAAUGAUACUGUCAGUGGAAUACCUGACCCUACCUCUGCAACAGGCAUCAACGUGACUGCCAACACCACACCAGCCUCCAACUCCACCACAAUCAGUGAUACAAGUCUCCCUACCACUGCAGUGGACACAAACCUGACUGCCUCCACCAACACCACACCAGCCUCUGACACCACCGCGAUCAGCGAUACAAGUCUCCCUACUACUGCAAUGGAAACCAACCUGACUGCUGCCACCAACACCACACCAGCGUCUGACACCACCACGAUCAAUGAUACAAGUCUCCCUACUACUGCAAUGGAGACCAACCUGACUGCCACCAUCAACACCACACCAGCGUCUGACACCACCACGUUCAACGAUACAAGUCUCCUUAUCACUGCAAUGGAGACCAACCUGACUGCUGCCACCAACACCACACCAGUCUCCAACUCCACCACAAUCAAUGAUACAAGUCUUCCUACCACUGCAAUGGAGACCAAUCUGACUGCCGCCAUGAACACCACACCAGCCUCCGACACCACCACGAUCAACGAUACAGGUCUCCUUACCUCUGUCACCAAUGUGACUACUGUCAUCAGUGCAACUGUUUCCUACACACCUGCCAUCAGCACAAACCACACUCAUAGUGCAAAUGCAACCACAGUUGGCACCAGCAAUGGAACUUCCGCUAUGCCUGGCAUGACUGCUACAUCUUCUGAAAGGCCUUCAGCACCACCUAAGCCCAUGCCAAAUGCCACAACCCCAGCACCUCUCAGUGCUGUCACAAAAAUGAAGGAAACGAUGUCAACUGCUUCAAGCAAGACUACCGUUCAUGUCCCAGAAACAUCCCCUAAGACAGGAGUCUCACUAGGGCCCGUCUCACCUCAAACCACAAGGAGAGCCACCAGCAGAACACCUUCGAGAACGAAACCACCAUUGCAGCCAACACCCAACGGCUACAUCAAUCUUCAGCCGCUAAGUGGUAAGUGCCUAUGAUUUAAAUAUCUGCUAAAUAUCUAUCAUGUCUAAGGGCAGGGAAUCUCUAUCUUAAUAGCACCUUCAUGGUGGAAUGACCUCUGUGAAGGGACUAGACUGACUUAUCAGGGGGAAACAAUGUUCUAAAUUAUGAGGAAGGGCCAUGGCUCAGUGGUAGAGCAUCUGCUUUGUAUGCAAAAAGUCCCUGGUUCAAUUCCCGGAAUCUCCAGUUAGAGCUCAGUAUGUCCAAUGCCUAACACUCUGGAAUGCCGCUGCCAAUCAGUGUAGGCAAUACUGAGCUGGAUGGUCUGAUGUGGUGCAAGGCAGCUUUCCUUCCACUGAAAAGGCUGUGGCUGAACAGACUUACCUAACAACACCAGGCAUAUUAGCAGGGGAGGGUGAGAAAGUGCAUUCAAGUUCAUUCAAAAUUUGAUGUACAUCAUCUUUCACAGAACAGCUCUUAUGUUCUGAAAACAACAGCCCUUAAGGCUACAUAUGUGAUAUUUGGCCCAGAAAAGGUGGAUUUGGUUCCCCUCCGAGGCCUAGUGGGUCUAUGGAGGCUCCUCCAAAGUGUCUGAAGCUUAGAACAAAACCCUAGGUUAUAGAAAUCUGAUCUCUAUUUUGUACAUUAUUUUUUGCAUAAUCCAUGGUGAGGAAAGGGCAUUUACAGUGUAGAAUUUCCAGUCCUCUAGCAAAUCUGAGGAUCUUGAAUGCAAAAACAACAGUGGCUCAUUUGAACUACCCCUCUGCUUUCUCCAUCCAGGAUCAUCUUCCAGCUUAACCUCCACCUGUCUUCUUCUGACAUUGUCCCUUGUGGUUGGAAUCCCACUUCAGAGGAGGCUUCUCUGAGGGUAUUUUUGCUUCCUUGCACCUCCCGGCAGUAACUGGGGACGGCAAAGGCAAGAGCUUUGAAGUUCUACAAGGGGAGCCGUUUGGAACCCAUGGAUCAAACGCCAAUGCUCUCUGGACUGUGGGUCUCUUCUGACUUUUAUGUGCAUAGUAACUGCCCUGUGCCUAAUGCAAAUUUUGCCUGCUGCAAAGCUGCUGUGUUUCUCUCUACCCUCAUUUUGUUAUGGUGACACUUCCACACUCAAGGUAGUGCUGAGAUCCAGCACCAUCUUUCCUGUCCUCUGUGCAUGCUGGAUCCUGGUCUGCUGAGCCUCCUGGAACAGCUGUGCUCCUGAAUUCCUUUCUGGGCCUGUGUUAGUAACCAGAACUGCACCAUCAGCACCUCAGGUUGGUUCCGAGCAAGGGGAAGCAAGAAGACUGGCUUUGCUCAGCCCACCCAUCAGUCAGCUUGAAGAGUUGGGAACCUAGCAGAAAGCAAACCGCUUUCUCUGCCCCUUGGCUACUAGUCAUGAUGGCUGUCUUUUGCUUCCACUGUUGGAGACAGUCUGCCUCUGAAUACC